UAGAGGGUGGGAGGCCUCCACCAGGGCUGAGUCCAGGCUCCAGCAGCGUGGCUGUUCCUCUCUGGGAGGGUUGAUGGCCUCGUCCCUCAGGAGCUCGGCUGCAGAGCUGCGCUUGGCAGGGUUCCUCUCCAGGGAUCUCUCCAGGAAGGACCGCAUGACACCGCUGCAGUCCUCUGCUAUGUCCUCCAGGGGAGGGGCCUGCUUGUGGAUCUGAGGGGAGAGAGGAGGAUAUGGUCAGAGGUCUGAAGUAAUACCUUCAGGUAAGGUGAGUUUAGAUGGAUGGGUUUUGCACUUUUGGCACUAUUCCAUUGGUUCCAUUGCACCAGGCAAGUUCAAUCAAGCACAGCUAAAGUAUUUGAAGGAAAACAACUGAUCGAAUCUACUCCUCUAUGCUAUCUUCCUGUCUUGUUAAAUACUGUUUCUGGUAGGGUGAGACUAAACGCUAUUCUGCAUUGAAUCUGCACCUCUAUGCUAUCUCACGCCUCCAUCUAUUGAGUGUAAUAUCUUGUAAAACAAGUCUGAUGUACAAGAAAGGGCUUCCCUAUGACAGUGAAGAAUGAGGAAGUGAGUCCUUCCUUAAAGUAGAGAUUAAUAACGCUUCAAAAAGAGAAACAGUACCUCUUCAAAUCAGGAACAUGGUCAUGGAAAAACACUGUAAAAAGUAAAACGGAACUACUGUACUGAGCCUGAGGGAGUAAACUACUAACGUGCCAGAGACAGAGGCUGCCUCCCAAAUGGCAACUUAUUCCCAACAUAGUGCACUACUUUGACCAGGGCCCAUAAGGCUCUGGUCAAAGUUAUUGCACUAUAAUAGGGAAUAGGGUGCCAUUUAGGACGCAGUGUCACGUUAAGGGACCUGCCUCUGAUGACGUUUGAGAAAAAUCAUCUUGCAAGAACCUAGGCCUAUGCCAUGGAAAUCUGAACCAGGUCAUGGAAAAAUAUGCGACUUUUGGGGGGGUGCAGCAAAACAAGUGAAAAUGAAAUUCUACUAGAUAUAGCCUACUUUGUCUCUGACCUACCUUUAACAUAAAUAGUUUGUUUGAUCUUCAGUGAAUGUUAAGUAAAACUGUGUUGGUCUGUUUCAAGGAAUGACUGGCCACAAGCGAGGGGUUUCCCCUCCUUCAGCCCUGUCAGUGUAGCGAGAGGAAGGCCAGUAAGUUCACCAUUCACUCGUCUAUACACUUCAUCCAUUCACUUUCCGUUAAUACUUACUGGAGUUGUCACUGAUUAUAUCCCAUGCAGAAACAGCCUCUGCUACACUCCUUUCUUGGCUCUUUAUGUGUGCUGUCAAUUUCGAUGCAUUUAUUGGAAGUGUAUAGAAGUCAUUUGUGAACUAUCAGGUAGGAAGGGUAGGGAGGGAGAUAGGUAGGGUGGUACUUACUAUGUAGAGGUAGGAAGGGUAGGCGGUGCGUGGGUAUCUCCUGACCCAGGGCGGGCUGCCAGUCUGCAUGUGGAUGAUGGUGGUGCCCAGGCUGUAGAUAUCUGUCUUGGUGUUGUGUCCUCGACACAGAACCACCUCCGGGCUCAUAUACAUCUGGGGAAGAAAACACAAUACAACUGUUACUCAAAGGGUCAAUGGCAUAAUGCCAAUUGUAGAAGAAGAAAAUAAGUGUUUGGAAAGUACACCAUUUUUUUUCUUUAUCAAAUGUAAUUUCCUUUAUGUAGUCAUGAAGCAAGUGAUAAUAAUAACAAUCACAACAUGAAAAAAAGCAGAGAAGAGUUUUCUCUGAUAAUGCACAGUGUCUCUAUGACUAUGUAAUAAUACAGGAACACUAAGAGCAGCUGGGCUUAUGAUAGGCUCUGUACAGUACUGAACAGGUAAUACGGUACUCGUGGUAUGGUCUGUGGAGUAUGAAACAGUAAACACACCAGACCAGAGUCCAUCUCUCAACUGGAAUUUCCAGCCUACUGUGCUGCCUGUUAGCUAAUGUCAGCCUCAGCCUCAGCCUUAAUGUCAGCCUCAGCAGCUCCACUCCGUUGGCUAGCUGUCUGUUUGGUAGCUAUCUCCCUUCCUGUUAUUAAUGCUGUGCUGGGUGUCUAUCUCUCUGCUCUGGGACUUUCCCACUCAGCCACCAGGGGUAUAGGUUACCACAGAGAGUAGUGGAGUGAAUUAGUAACAGGAGGAUGAGGAGAGGGAGGGUCUUAAGAAAGAUCAUAGUGAUUGCCUCAUCUAUAUUUUCCCAACUGUGGAUAAGGAUGUCAAUUUGAAUCUGAAAAUGCUAGUGUUCAAAGGCAUUCAACCUUAAACACUGUAGCCUAUGCAUUACACACAAAAACCAAUACUCCACCGUACAAGAUCUCUUCAUGUUUGAUGUGAUUUCCCUGCACCUUUUUUUGACUGAGACACUGUGAGAGGAGCACUGACUUGUCUUCUGAAUAAAUCAUUAUCAGAGCGUCCUGAGGCAUCGCGUGAUCUCAAUGGUUCGGGUCAAUUCCAUUUCAAUUCACAAUUCAGGAAGUAAACUGAAAUUCCAAUUCCAAUUUUUUUUAAAUCAUUGACUGAAUUGAAAAUGAAUUGACCCCAACACUCUAGGUCAUGUCAUAGACCAGAGGGUGCAUUUUGUUGUCAUGUCAUAGGCAUGAGGGUGUUGAAGAGAACAAACAGCAGAAUCACUCACCUCUGUGCCUCGUAGAUCCCUAGGGGUGUAUACCUUCUCUGUCAUCUGUACCGUCAGGCCAAAGUCCACCAGCACCGCCUUGUCUGACAUCAGGACGAUGUUGCUGGCUGAAGAGAGAGAGGGGGAGGGAGGGAGAGUGAGUGAGUGAGAUUCACCAUAAAAGCUGCUUAGAAUAUUUGCUGCAAGAUACAGUAUGAUCUCAGAACCCAGAACCAAAUAUAGUGUGAGCUAACUAGCUACAGUGCUAAGUUAUUAGUCUAUCAUGAAAGAUUAGAUACAGCACUACUUUCAAAGGUCAAUAUUUAUUCUAUAAUUUGCUAAAAUUGCAAUUGACCUACUAUAUAUGUGAUGGGAACUGUACGUACAUUUAGAAGUACACUAUAUAGGGAGCUCUGUGGUUUCUUAAGGUGUCUACGGCUGAGUUUCCUAUGAAGCCGUUGCUUUAAGAUGCAGUCUACUCUAAAGCCCUUUCCUUUCCUGGUUACAUUUGACAUAAAGUGGAUGAUGACAGUCACAGGCCCCAAAUACACCACUAGCGUGCAUGUGUGCAUGUGUAGACAUACCUGGGUUCAUUUUCUGCUGUAUUUGGGGCAAGAAUUUGAGAAACCCUGGGUUUCUAAACCCUGGUAAAAGUAGAGGCUAUAGGCCUAUUCCUCUUACUCUCACUCUUAUGCUUACUCUUACACUACUCUGUCUACUAAUGUGUGUUUUUCAACGUUUGUUUUGGGCUCUUACUCACGUUUGAUGUCAUGGUGGAUGACAUUGUGAGAGUGUAGGUACUCCAGGCCCCUGAGGACCUGCUUGGUGACCCAGAUGAUCUCAAACUCCCUCAUGGGGCCACAGCUGUCCAGUUUUUCCAGAACCGACCCUCCCUCGCCAGCUUCCAUGAACAGGUGGAUGUUCUGGUCCCAGAGGAGAGCACCAUAGAGCUCUGCAAUGUUCUCGUGAUGGAACCGGGCCUGGAUCUCCACAUCGGCUGGUUUUAAGUGUUCCAUGGGGAUCUAGGAGCAUGGAUAGAACCAUUAAGGCAUAAAGCACAUCCUAUAAGUAUCUACAAAGCCUUUAGUAUGUAAACAUUCCACUGACUAUUGAAUAACUAGACCAGCAAGCCACUCCCAUCAUGUGUAACUAUUUGUGGGCUGAUAUAAUAUCAAUGCUAUCCUCUCCAUAGGUGAAUACCAGUAGGCCUAAUCAUUAAGCUCAAAAUGAAAACAUAGAUAUCAAAUGAGAACAGGAGCUUUCCCACUACAUGUGUUAUUUUCUAAAACCAGAGAUGUUACUGUGGGGGGUUUCAGUUGAGUUUCUUGUGGGGUAACCAGCCAAAUACUUUUCAGUUUCCAUCCAUAUGCAAUACUGGCUUUUGAGAUGUGUCGCAGUGAAAACAAUUAUAUUUUUACUUAGUGUUAUUGCAAGUUUCAAAGUGUUUGUGUGCAAAGGCCUGACUGACUUGACAUGUGACAUGCUGCUUUGACAUGGAUUUUUGUCCUUGUUUUAGUCCUUGCUGUUGCUUUGAAAACAAAACUUCCUGGAGGACAUCAAUCUUGGCACAUAGGCAGUUUCGAGAAAUCCAUUCUGCAAACAUGCCAGACAUUCCAGCACGAGAGCUCAUUGACUCACCAGUUUGCAUGCCAUUCUCUUCCUGGUUAUGGUAUCCUGGGCCAAGUGGACUUUCCCAAAGGAGCCCUUUGGAACAUGGCCGCCAGAGCCUGGAGUCUUGUAGGUCCACUUCCAUGGAAAUAGAAACACAUCCGAAUCGAUGCGAUAGUGACCCUUCUUCAGCACCAUGUGUUUCUGCACAGAAGUAAUGAAAUACAGUGUGAGAGGUGUUUCUGACACAGUAAAGGCAGUUAAAACCCUGUACAAAGAAGUAUACUAUUCUUAACUCUACUCAUGAACAGACAGACACACACACACACACACAGACUUUCACUCACACACACAUGCAAUGUAAUUUCUAACUCUAUGAGUCCUUUGUAAGCAGAUACAUAGCCUACUCAAAAUACUAACCAAUGUCCUGAAGUCUCACCUUGUUCAGUAACACACCCAUCUCCUCCGGCAGGUGCUGCAGUGCUUCUGGCUCCAUGUUAGAGAUCAGGUUGACGAAAGAGAGCAAGUCCGACACCGUCCCGUACCUGACCCUACCACCACCGUUCUCCUGUUGUGUCUCCUGGGUCCCUCCUGUCACUUCGUCCCCCGAACCAUCCACAGUCUCCUCGUUCUCGUCCAUCUCCUCCUGAGAGAGACCCUCCUCAAACGACACACCAUUGUCUUCCUCUUCUUCCUCUUCCUUGGUGUGGUAGAGACUUUCCACCACAUCGAUUAUGUCCUCUAUGUUCAUGUGAGCCAGCAGGAGUUCUAUUCCAGCAUUGUCAUAUUUGUAAUCCAUCUUGUUUGAUUCUCUGCUCCUAAAUGGGUUCUGAAAUGGAAAGUUGAGAUUCCAUGAUGGAAAGAUCCUUUGACAUUCUGAUACUGGUACAGCUUGUUGGGGAAGCAGAGCAAAGGAGGGGCAAACUAAUCUAUAGCCAAACUCGUUUUCAUUGCAAAUGAAGGGGAUUUCACAAUUAGCUGGGAGCCCCUGGUGAAAUUGCACCCUCAUGUUAGGGUACACAAACUCAUGGACUUCAGAAGACAUAAUAAAGUGAUAAAAACAUAUAACAGGCUAAAUGUCCACUUCUCCUGAAUCACAUGAUGUGCUCUCAUUGUAGCCAAGUGAAUGUACAGCAACAAAUUGCCAUCCCAACAAAUAACACUAAACAGAACUAAAGUCAUUGACACGUUUUGGAAAAGAAAGGUUGGAAGCAAAUAAAGGUGAAUCAGGAUUAGUUUAUAAAAGCGUAAUAUCAAUAUGAUUACCUGAGUCUUUGUAAUAACGUAGGAUCAGGUCCGAUUGUGCUCACUCCAUUCUUGCGUCUGUAUGCAGUCAAUUCUAGCGCUCACUGAAGUCACCAGAAAUGAAGUUGUCAAAAGAGGAAGUCCAUAUCAGUCUCUGUGUUUAGGUGUAGUGUUGUGUUAAUGAAAAACUAUGCGAAUGCUGUGAGUGUUAUAGUCAUAUGGUUCUUUUGUAGUUUCGUUUUUCUUUUCAUUUUCCUUAAUUUCCCCGUAAUAUUUGAUUUCCAUAGGCGAACGGAUUAAUAGAAAAAAAACGAAUAGAAAGACUUGCUGUUCAUCAGAUUCCAUAGAAUAGUUCGGUAUAUUCCAAUAUUGUGCAACUGCAGUCAGCAAUUCAGGGCGUUCCUGCUGCAUGUGGGCAUUUCUGCAUCUGCACACCCCCCCCCCUCGAGCAUCCCAUUGGUUCCUGCGUGCCAGACAGGCGGGGGUGAAGGACACUGUCUACCCUUUGCAUGCUAGGGCGACACCGUGUGCUAGCUAACUAGCUAGUUUGCGACAGUGUGUGCCAGCAUGCUAGUUAGAUAACACACUGUGUCGCCCCUGCGAUGUCUCGUGUUGUUGAAGUUCAAUAACAGUUAUAUGAGAGGUAGACGUCGCUCCCUGCCUCCCGCCUGCUGUGUACCAGAGAAAACCGUGUCCGACAGGCGGGGGCGAAGGACACUGACGUCUACCCGUCGUCCCCGCCUCCCGCUUGCACAGCAAUGGAGAGGCUAGGGCAACACCGUGUGCUAGCUAACUAGUUUGUGACAAAGUAUGCCAGCAUGCUAGUUAGAUAGCACACUGUGUCGCCCCUGCGAUGUCUCGUGUUGUUGAAGUUCAAUAACAGUUAUAUGAGAGCUGACUUAAUAGUGACGGAAGUGUAAUGAAACUAAAAACAGGUGGUUGCAUUACAGAUAGCAGACAGUCGUUUAAAUACAAACAAUUCAAUUGAUCAGUUUGGUAUUGCAAAUGAGUAAAAACCCAAUAUUAAUACUACAGCUGACUGAGCCUUCUCUGUUCUGUUUGAGCCGUCUCGGAUGCCGUAUAACAGAAGGCACACGCAUGCGCUUUCAUGCUACUCUCAGGGCAUCCUUCUUUGGUGUGUGCAGGUUACAUUUGAGAGGAAGCGGUAGCCUCUCAAAAUGCUUCCAAAAACUACAUUCAUGCUUUCAAAGAAAGAUCAGAACUAGAACUGCUUUUACGAAGACCAAUGUACUCAAAAAUAAAGAUGAAAUCGGUAGGUUUUUCAUCCACCGAUUAGACGCAACAUGAGCUAGCUGACAGUUUUAUUUAUUUAAACUAGGCAAAUCAGUUAAGAACAAAUUCUUAUUUACAAUGACACCCGCAAAACCCGGACAACGGUGGGCCAAUUGUGCGCCACCCAAUGGGACUCCCAAUCAUGGCCGGUUGUGAUACAGCCUGGACUUGAACCAGGGGGUCUGUAGUGAUGUCUCAAGCACAGACAUGCAGUGCCUUAGACCGCUGCGCCACUCGGGAGCCCAAGCUGACAGUUGUCCCAACUGUACUGCCUUUCUGCAGCUCAGGCUUCCUGCCACUUGUUAAUUCAUGUAGCUAGUAGUUUAGCUGAUCAUGCUCAACAUUAAAAUCAUAGGGGUCACAAAGUUGUGGCAAGUAGCUAGCGACAACAACAUACUAGCAUGACAUCUAUAUAGUUAGUUAGCUAGAUGGAUUAGGCCUACAGCAACUUAAGUUUAGAACCAAAGGAUCGAGACAAAUCUUUUUACACAGUCCAAGAGGAGAGGAUAGAGCAGGCAGAGAGAUCUGUCCUUAUCAGCUGCCCUGCUAAAACCAUCGACCAAAAGUUCCUCAAGUAUUUAUCCAGACAUGGAAAUAUCAACAAAUGUUUCUUUUAUGUAAGCUAUGUAAGUAUUUCAGUGGUGCUAAGAUAUAUGAAUCUACAAAUCAACACUAAUAUAAGGAGGUCUAUCUUUUCUCCUACACAAUGUGGGAAUUUACACCCCCUCUCAAUACUAAACCGUGACCUAAAGAUAUUGGUUAAAGUCUUAACAAAAACACAAAAACAUGUUAUAAGCAACCCGGUUCACCCUGAUCAGGUCGGCUUUUUCCGACUCCGGUACGGCGCUGAUAGCAUAUGAAGAUUGCUUGAUAUAAAAUGGGCUAUGAGGACCUGCCAAACCCCCGCCAUAGCUCUGUCCCUGGAUGCUGAGAAAGCAUUUGAUAGGGUGGAGUGGGGUUUCCAAUUGAAAGCUCUGGAGUCCUAUGGAUUUGGCCCCCACUUUAUAGGAUGGGACAAAACCCUGUAUUCCGGGGCCAGUGCCACAGUUACCGCUAAUGGAAUUAUUUCUAAGCAAUUCAGGCCCCACAGUGGAGGUGUCAUAAUACCCAUAAAACCUAGCGGUCAAACAGGGAAAUGGUUCCAAUCGUUUUCUCAUCAUCCACCAAAUAAAACUCCUGGAGUCUAUAGAGCGAUCUUUGGAGUAAUAUCAUCUGACUCCAGGCCCUGAAGAGAAUAUGGGAAAAAGACUUGGACUGCGAUAUUACCAAGGCAGAAUGGAAUGAGGUUUUCGACAGAUGUCUCUAAAGCUAACUCAAUUGAAAACUAUACACAAUUACCAUUGGACUCCUAGUAAGCUUCACAGGGUCGGUCUGAGGCCCACAGGCGCCUGCUGGAGAUGUUCAUCUGAGGAGGAGACUUAUCUACAUAUGGUAUGGGACUGUGAAAAAAUCAGGAGGUUCUGGACUGAAGUCGUAGUGUUCACCAGUCACAAAAACAAGUGUAUAUCCCUGGCCCUAGCAGUUGCCAAAAAACGUCUUGUCUGUAAAUGAAAAGAAUGGGCUACACCAAAUAUACACGACUGGACUAAUAGCCAAACUUGAAAGAGUAAUCUAUCAAAACACAAGACAACGUGUAAAUAUGUGUAUGAACAUAAGAUUCAACAACUGAGACAUAAACUGAACAAGUUCCACAGACGUGACUAACAGAAAUGGAAUAAUGUGUCCCGGAACAAUGCGGGGGUCAAAAUCAAAAGUAACAGUCAGUAUCUGGUGUGGCCACCAGCUGCAUUAAGUACUGCAGUGCAUCUCUUCCUCAUGGACUGCACCAGAUUUGCCAGUUCCUGCCUUGAGAUGUUACCCUACUCUUCCACCAAGGCACCUGCAAGUUCCCGGACAUUUCUGGGGGGAAUGGCCCUAGCCCUCACCCUCCGAUCCAAUAGGUCCCAGACGUGCUCAAUGGGAUUGAGAUCCGGGCUCUUCGCUGGCCAUGGCAGAACACUGACAUUCCUGUCUUGCAGGAAAUGACGCACAGAACGAGCAGUAUGGCUGGUGGCAUUGUCAUGCUGGAGGUUCAUGUCAGGAUGAGCCUGCAGGAAGGGUACCACAUGAGGGAGGAGGAUGUCUUCCCUGUAACGCACAGCGUUGAGAUUGCCUGCAAUGACAACAAGCUCAGUCCGAUGAUGCUGUGACACACCGCCCCAGACCAUGACGGACCCUCCACUUCCAAAUCGAUCCCGCUCCAGAGUACAGGCCUCGGUGUAACGCUCAUUCCUUCGAUGAUAAACACAAAUCCGACCAUCACCCCUGGUGAGACAAAACCGCAACUCGUCAGUGAAGAGCACUUUUUGCCAGUCCUGUCUGGUCCAGCGAUGGUGGGUUUGUGCCCAUAGGUGACAUUGUUGCCGGUGAUGUCUGGUGAGGACCUGCCUUACAACAGCCUCUCUCAGCCUAUUGCGGACAGUCUAAUAAGAACAACAAUCUACAGCACCAGUCAAAGGUUUGGACACACCUACUCAUUCAAGACAUCAAAACUAUGAAAUAACACAUUUGGAAUCAUGUAGUAACCAAAAAAGUGUUAUCUUUUAGCAAUAGUUUGCUCAUAUAAAAUAUACAGAAAUCUGGAGAGUUAUGCUGCAUUCAUAACCAAGUGGGAAGAUGGUAAUUACCAGUUGUGAAGUCGUAAAUACCAGUUGGAUGCAUUCACGUGCUUGGAAUUUGUUGAGAAACACUGAUUGGCUAAUGGCCAAAAAGCUGCAUCAACCAUAAACCAAAUGUACAGCUAUCAUUCUUAUAAACACAUUAUAGUGUCCAAACAUAUUAAUAGAUAGCAUUUUAUAAAUAAUGUUUUGUUGUUACAUUUAACUGCUGAAGGUCAGCAUGCGGGAGAAAUCGGAGCUCAGGGAUGAUAGAUGAGUAUCCCACUAAUAAUUAUGAGUUGGAGGGGCGUUCAAGUGGAUUUUUCCCAGUCGUAUGUGGUAAAUCCCACCUUAUAGAGUUCAAUAGGUACUCGCCCUCAAAACCAUGAAAAGGAAUAACCCAAGGAGGCCGAGUUGCAAAAAUAAUGUACAGUACCAGUCAAAAGAUUGGACACACCUACUCAUUCCAGGUUUUUUCUUUAUUUUUACUAUACUAAAUAAAAUACUAGGCUGUCUGAAGUUGUCUAACUGACUAAAUGAAGAUUGCUAGAAUGCAGAUUAGCAUAGCAACAUAUACGAUGUCCCUGGAACACAUAUAGGUACAACGUCAGCUUUAGUGCUAAUUUAGGUGGCAAACAUUGAUACCAAGACAAAGUUGAAUAUAAAUGAUAGAGAUUUCAAGCUUUAAGCACAAAUAUUGUUCACUCCAAUGAGAACACUGUGUUUGUCUUCUCUCUUUCUUUAUCUCAGAUAAACCAACAAAUCACCUCCCUUACAGAGACAUACCAGCUAACGUCUGUCUGCGCUUCCUGGUCUGCUCGCUGCUGAACGACAUAGCUGCUGCAUAUUUCCCAGAAUGCACCAUUCGGCCCUUUGGCUCCUCCGUGAACGGCUUCGGGAAGCUGGGCUGUGAUCUAGACAUGUUUCUGGACCUGGACGGCAUCAGUGGAAGGAAUCUGAAGGUGAGGAUGGGGAUGGAGGAUCCACAUCAGGGUCAUGUUCAGUAGGGCACAACGUAGCAAAAGGUAUUGCAAUGGAAAGCAAAAAUCUGUUUUGUUAUUGAACUAAGUCCAGGUAGGAGUCUAAAGAAGGUGAGGAGGACAUUUUAACCCUUUAUACCAGGGAUGGGACAUUUUGAUGGGGGUGGGUGAAAUAGAAAAUCUGAACUCAUCAUGAGGGGCUGCAGUCAGAGCCGGCCCUAGCCUUUUGGGGGCCUUAAGUGAAGCAAAACAUUUUAGCGGCCCACCUCUUGACAGUGGAGAGAACAUUUAAGUUUUAAAGUACAUUUCCUGCAAUUCUUGGUCACUGAUAAGCGCCUAAAUUGGAACUCAGUGGCUUUACAGUAACAUACUAAAUAUAACGUCAGAGCUCAGGCUCUUCGCUUUACAGCGCUAUAUGGGAUUCAACUGACAGCCGUUCUAAACGUGUAUACCAUGCGCAACAAAAAUAUGCUACUUUUUGACUACUUUUUGAAAUAUUUUGUUGUCUGAGUGAGGGGAAUGCUGUAAAUCGAGAGAAGUCGAUGUGUUCUGAAGGAUGAGACGUUGAGGAUUAUAAUAAAUACCGCUUUGAUGUCGUACAAGCAAACCACACGCCCAUCAGUCCAAAUGUGCAUUUCACAUUUCCAUAUUUAAAAACUGUAAUUUACAGUAUCAACAAUUAUGAUCAAUUAUGAAAGCCUAACACUGUAAAAUCAUAUUUUAUAACUUAGCUGGCAAUAGAAUAAGCUUUCAAAUGAUGCUCUCCUGAUCCAGAUUUACAUUUUAUAAUGGGAAGUUUUUGGAUUGCAUAAACAACCACAGUAAUUUUGUGAUGGUGUGGCAGGGAUGUGUUCCGAACAAAAAAUGACAAGUGUGCUUGCUUCAGUUCCUCAACGGCAAAGCUAGUAGAGCUAAAAUAAAAGCACCUUAUAGUUGAAGGCUCUUUCCUUGAGUCAUAAAAGUGCAUUGAAAUUACUUAGGAACUGUGCACAAUUUGGAGAGGUGUGUGGCCACUUGGAGACACCAGUUAGACCUCUAAUUCAAACCCUUGUAAUACAUUUUUCUUAUGUUGCACCUACCCCAAAAUUCCCAUGAAUAUUCUUAUUAUGUUACUGAAUAUAUCCAGAGUAUUUUCAGAUUUCACUAUUGACAAAUGCUGCGAAAAGUACAGUAAAUGUAAAAUGCACAAAAAAUCAACAGUGUAAUGUUUGGAUUCAGUCGUGUCAGGUGAAUUGUUGUGUCACCUUUGGUCUGAUCGUUUCCCCAUAAUCUCCUAAGCGUUCUCUUUCAAUUGCUACCAUGGUCAUGCAUAUGCUUUUUAUAUUUCUUCUGUUAGAAACAUUUCAAUUUGGCCCGACCCAUAUAGACCAAUUUCCACAAGUGUAAAGGGUUAAGAAAAAAACACUUUAGGGGUGUUUCCCAAGAGCUUCGUAGCACUGAUCAUAUGGACAAUAUAUGCUUAGUGCUACAAAGCUUUCGGGAAACUCACUCCAAGUGAUUAUUAUUGUUAUUUGUCAUCGUUCCUAAAUACCAAUAUUGACCUAGGGUUGUUUUCAUAUCAUAAAACAGCUGUAGAGAGAUUGGUCUCACGUUUCUGCUGCAUACCCUCUCCUUUUAAUUACAUUUAUUUUUGUUUACAUCUUUACAAGAACUCAUGUAAGAAAGGAGAUCAAGCACCUUGUUAAACCAGACCCCUACUGUCACUCUGUUGUUGAGCUGUAGAACAUUUGUUCAGAGAAGGAGACGGGGGGAACUUCCUAUAGAAAAUGUAUUUACCUUGACAUAGUGUGGGAAAAGCCCUGUUGGAAACCCACUGAGCCUGAGGUCCUUAUCAGUGUUUCUCUCUCUCUCAAUUCAAUUUCAAUUUUCAAUUCAAUUGAAGGGCUUUAUUGGCAUGGGAAACAUAUGUUCACAUUGCCAAAGCAAGUGAAAUAAACAAUAAAACAUCUCUCUCUCUCUCUCACUCACACACUGGGUAAACAACAGGCUGAUAAAAAAAGAGCAGAGGUGAGAGAUGCACGCGAUGCUACAAAUCACCACUUCCUCUUCCUGUAGACAAGGCUGUUCAGUGGAAACGUAAGACCCUUGUGUAUAAAGAGAGUUUGCAGAGCUUGUCAAAGUUGUAUCUGUGAAUAUGUGAAUGUUGAGUGUCACUCUGACUUGCAAUAAUGUACUCAAAAAGUCCUAUGAGAUUGACAGAUGUAAGGUUAUGCACUUAUCUCUGUGUAGGGGCACGUGCAAUUGUUUGCGUCUAUACCCGCCAUCUUCCUAUGCAUUUAAACUCUAUGUUUCUGUAAUGAAAAAUGCUGUUCAAUAAAUGGUCUUGUGCCAUCUGCCCAGCCAAAAGCAGGGAUGUCUUUGGAGUACCAGACAAAGAGGUAUGCGUCUGAGCGGGCAGUGACCCAGAGUAUCCUGUCUGUGAUUGGGGAGAGUGUAGACCAGUUUGGGCCCGGCUGUGUCGGGGUGCAGAAGAUCCUCAACGCUCGCUGUCCCCUGGUCCACUUCACCCACCAACCAUCAGCGUUCCAGUGUGACCUCACGGCCAACAAUAGGUAAGACAAAGAAACACACAUGGACUUGUUUGCACAUACACACACAGACAUGCAGACAGACACGCACACAUGCAUGCUAGCACGCAGACACACACACACACACACACACACACACAUUGAAUAGUCACUAAGCAAACUCCUAUUGGUGUAAUCAGUCUUCAAUACUUGUUGGGUUAGUAUUAUUAAAUCAGAAAGCCUUUUAUAAAGCUUGACCUGUUCCUAUUAAACAAUUUCGAAUCAUUAAAGCAGAACAAUGCCUGCAAACAUACUUCUGCCUGCCUAGUUCUACUUCUAUAUAACCAAUUUGUUAUGAUUUUGAAUUGCUUAAGUUGUUUAAAGUUCACCUGUCCACAGAACUAAUAGUCACUUUUUAAAUGUCAAUUGCUGUUUGUCAUUUUGCUCUAAUGCUUCAUAGAAACUCUGUGUUGCCUUUCAAAACCUACUGGUGUGCCACAAACCAAACUGAAGCUUGAGUUGCGUAGAAACUGCUCUGUAUGCUGGUUCCAAGCCGGCUACCCUGAAACUGGUCAGGCACCAGAGGAGAGAGAGCAGGUGAGAGAGCAGGAGAGAGAGAGAAAGCGAGAGCAGGAGAGAGCGAGAGAGAGAGCAGAAGAGAGAUGCGUCAUGUGUUUCACUUCUUCUUUCCUUGGCCCUAGGGGAUACUGUGGUUUCUGUGGUCUCUAAAGUUAGCCUGAGAGUGAUACACACCUGCUAAUGAUUAGAAACAAACCCACCCACGCCUCAGUUUCUAAUGCAAUCAAGUAGAGUAGAGACACCCUGACUGUGUGGCUGGGACCAAGGGGAUUCCUCAAUGUUUAUGUUAAAACAUCGAAGAGUAUGGUUAUACACGGUUUGUCAUAAGGAUCCUUGCAAAACAGAAUGAUAUUUUGGUAGUGAGAAUUACAAUGUCCAGUUAAAUGUUGCCCUCUAGUGGAUAUUGUGUUGCCACUGUGACUUUUUCAUUUUCUCUGCUCCUAAACUUCUCUAAACUUCAUAGUUUCUCUGUCUAACGUCAAAGUGAGAUGUUUUGUACUGAGAAUACAUCAUCAUAUCAUCACGUAGGAAUGGUGAUAGAAAAUAGCAUGUUAUACAUGUUGUUCAAUUCAAAAGUCCCAGACAAUAUCACGUCUCUCAGAUUGUGAGGGUAUUCUGUUUUUAUGUCCUGUAUGUUGUCUUGACUACCAUUCUUUAUGUGUAUCAUCAUCAUAUUAAAAGCUUAGGAAUGGUGAUAGAAAUUAAUGUGUUAGAAAUAUCAAUUCAAAGUCCCAGAUAGUAUCAAGUGUCUCAGCUACAGUGAGUGUGUACUGCACUGUAUGUCUUGACUGUCAUUCUGUAUGUGUCCGCAGGGUGGCGAUGAAGAGCUCGGAGUUGCUGUACCUGUAUGGACGGCUGGACCGGCGGGUGUAUUUCCUGGUAUUCAGUGUUCGGUGCUGGGCCCGGCCCACAGUAUCACCAGCUCUAUACCUGGAGCCUGGAUCACCAACUUCUCUCUCACUGUCAUGGUCCUGUUCUUCUUCCUGCAGAGGAGGACUGUUCCUAUACUACCCACCCUGGACCACCUCAAGGAACUAGCAGGUAGAGAGAGAUACACACACACACACACACACAGAGAAGAACCAAGCCCAUACUGCCCACCCUGGACUGCCUCAAAGAUGUAGCAGGUAGCUAACAAUGGAGCACUGAGCAGCAACUUCUUUUAACAAAAAUCUAUACGAUCAGUAUCACCUCAAAGAGCUAGCAGGUAGUAGUAUGUAGUCUUCCAUUGCUACACUUCCUAGUUGUAUUCAGAAAUGUGGAAAUUAAGGUUCAGCCGGUAGCAAUGGACCAUUGAGCGAGUGGCAAUUGGGUUAUACAAUUAUUUAUUAAAUAGAUUUGAUUGUUGAUCCUAAUCAUCAACAAAUAUCUAUGUUGGUGUAGUCCAGUCAUGCUCCUCAAGCCACUGCUCGUACUCCUGUUUCUCUUGUCAACUUGGCUCUCAGAUAAUUGCCUUCCAAAAGCAAUCUAUCCCCCCUCCCUCCAUCUUAGCCCAGACAGAGACACUAUCCCAGGCAUCGUCACAAUAAAGGCCCUAUCACUCUGGCAGAGGGCUUUGACCCUCCCAGCACUGGGCAGCUAUUUAACCUCGUGCACACACACACACACACACACAUAACCAAUCUCUUCUACGAUCCUCAGCUGACAUGGUCAAGGAGUCUGGUGCUAAUGCUCUGAUGGAGAGCCAGGCUUGAUCAGGACUCUCACUUUUCCUAUCUCUCUCGCUCUCUUUUCCCCAUGACAUACUGUAUUGGCUCCCUCUAUUAGAGCUGGGACGAUAAGCUGAAAAUUAUCGAGAGCGAUCACUUAUCACAGGCAUUUUGCUGAUAUUGUUCAUUGUGAUAAAGUAGCCUAUACUACAGAAAUGUGAAGUUUGAAAUGAAAUACGUUUGUUAAUAUGGCCGAUUGUUAACGGCACUAUUGAUGUCUACAACCAUCAAACUAGUAGUAGCAGUUUAAAGGAUAUUUACUUUAGACUGUCGUGCACAUUAAUGUUAUAAACGUAUCGUUCUAUUUAUCGUUAUCACAUCAAUUCAGGCAAUUUAUCGCAAUAUGGAUUUUUGUCCAUAUCACCCAGCUCUACUCUUUUUGCUGUCUCUUCCUCCUUUUUGUUCCCUCCCUCUACCCCUCGCUCUCUUUUUCUGGUUUGUAAUCGCCCUCACUCUUUUAUUUGACCUCUUCCUCUUUUUUGCUCUAUCCAUCCCAAUUUUGUUUGCAAUCUCUCUAUCUUCUCCCUCUCUCUCUUUGCUUGUCUGUUUUCUGAGUGACACCAUCCAUCUUUGUCUUGUUUAUGGACAUCAUCGCUGUGUACAUAGACAUAUGUUGUAUGUCAUUUACCUUGUGUUCCCCCUUUUCCCCUAUAAGGCCCUAGAUACAGUGCAUUCGGAAAGUAUUCAGACCCCUUGACUUUUUCCACGUUUUGUUACGUUACAUAAGCUUGUAGCGUCAUACCCAAUAAGACUCGAGGCUGUAAUCGCUUCCAAAGGUGUUUCAACAAAGUACUGAUUAAAAGGGUCUGAAUACUUAUCUAAAUGUGAUAUUUAUUUAUUUUUAAUUUGGAAAAAUGUCUAAAAACCUGUUUUCACUUUGUCAUUAUGAGGUAUUGUGUGUAGAUUGAUGAGGAUUAUUUAUUUAUUUAAUCCAUUUAGAAUAAAGCUGUAACGUAACAAAAUGUGGAAAAGGGGAAGGGGUCUGAAUACUUUCUGAAUGCACUGUAUGUGUAGUGUGUCAUUUACCUUGUGUGUAGUGUGUUACUUAGCGAUGUGUGUACCAUGUCAUUAACCUUAUGUUCCCCCUCUGCCCCCCCUCUCCUACAAGGCCCUCUGGAUAAGAGUGUCAUCGAGGGAAACGACUGCACGUUUGUCAGCGACCUCACUAAAAUACAAGUGCAGGACAACACAGAGACAUUAGGUGGGCCCAUAGCUAGGGCCAGGCGUUUUGGUAGUUUUUUUGUGGGUUUUGUCUUUGUCCGGUAUUUCCAGCAUUAUCCACUGGAAAUGCUCUUUAAUCCUAGGAAAUGCUCUUUAAUUGACACAAGCUGUCUCUAAUCAUUCAAUGUCUGGUUGUGCAUGAGUGUUUGGUGGGGGGGGUCGUCUAAACCAGGGGAGGUGUAGCAUACGAAUCUUAAUUGCACAAAGCCUAUUAUUUGGCAGGGAAUACUAUUUGUAGAUCAGAUUCUACACUUCACUUUGCUCAAACUGAUCCUCUUCAACAGACUCAAUCCCUGAUAAUCAGAGGUUAUAAAAAUGGGACAAAUAGGACAGUUAAAGAGGAGAGACUAUGAAUCCAAGAAAAAAAAUUUAACAUCUAAAUCACAAUAUUGCUUGAAAAAACAGUGUGCCAAUACCCUGCUGGGACGCUCUUUGCAGACAACAAUAUAUUCUGCAAAAGCUGCAAUUUAGCAUUACAUUAUAAAUGGAAAGACAGGAUAGACAGCCAUCUGAAAAAUAUAUAUCAGCCAGAAAAACUUUAACGUCUUCACCCAGCUCCUACAAUAUAUGAAGAACAUAUUAGUCUUGUGUGUCAGCGGAUUUGUGCAUUAUUAUGGAGAUUUCUAAAAAUAAAUGUACCAGACUCCGUUCUUUACAUGUUUUAAUUAAUGCGCGCAUUUUGGGAUUGUCAACUUUUUAGAGAGGGAUGUUGGCGCUUGCAAAAGCCAUAUGCUCAGCAUUUACGUUGUUACAUGUAUUUCUAUAGCGAAUGAAAAUGGCUACUUUGUUUGGAAAUAACCUACAUUUUCUUAGAUAAAAUGCUUAUUAUUUCAUAUAAUGUUGAUAACAGACAAUGAAUAAGUUAAAUAUUUGUUGAUAAUGUCCAUAAGAUAGGCAAGAAAUGUGGUGCAUUAGGCUAAAGCAUAGGCUGCUGAUGAGAAUAGUUGUUGGAGAACAUUUAAUUUGAAGUCUCCACAUGGCUGGGAAUUUAUUUUGGACUAAUUGGAUAAUUACCUUAGAUGAUCAUGGUAUUCAGACGUUACAAUUCAUUCACACAUGGUGCAAGAAGGUGUUACAGUUGAAGUCGGAAGUUUACCUACACCUUAGCCAAAUAUAUUUAAACUCAGUUUUUCACAAUUCCUGACAUUUAUUCAGAGUAAAAAUACCCAGUCUUAGGUCAGUUAGGAUCACCAAUUUAUUUGAAGAAUGUGAAAUGUCAGAAUAAUAGUAGAGAGAAUGAUUUAUUUCAGCUUUUAUUUAUUUCAUCACAUUCCCAGUGGGUCAGAAGUUUACAUACACUCAAUAAGUAUUUGGUAGCAUUGCCUUUAAAUAGUUUAACUUGGGUCAAACGUUUCGGGUAACCUUCCACAAGUUUCCCACAAUAAGUUGGGUGAAUUUUGGCCCAUUCCUCCUGACAGAGCUGGUGUAACUGAGUCAGGUUUGUAGGCCUCCUUGCUCGCACACGCUUUUUCAGUUCUGCCCACCACUUUUCUAUAGGAUUGAGGUCAGGGCUUUAUGAUGGCCACUCCAAUACCUUGACUUUGUUAUCCUUAAGCCAUUUUGCCACAACUUUGGAAGUAUGCUUGGGGUCAUUGUCCAUUUGGAAGACCCAUUUGCGACCAAGCUUUAACUUCCUGACUGAGCUAAACGGUAGAGCUGCCGCUUUAAAGGAGCGGGACUCUAACCCGGACGCUUAUAAGAAAUCCCGCUAUGCCCUCCGACGAACCAUCAAAGAGGCAAAGAGUCAAUACAGGACUAAGAUUGAAUCGUACUACACCGGCUCUGACGCUCGUCGGAUGUGGCAGGGCUUGAAAACUAUUACAGACUACAAAGGGAAGCACAGCCGCGAGCUGCCCAGUGACACAAGCCUACCAGAUGAGCUAAACCACUUCUAUGCUCGCUUCGAGGCAAGCAACACUGAAGCAUGCAUGAGAGCACCAGCUGAUCCGGAUGACUAUGUGAUCACGCUCUCUGUAGCCGAUGUGAGUAAGACUUUUAAGCAGGUCAACAUUCACAAGGCCGCAGGGCCAGACGGAUUACCAGGACAUGUACUCCGAGCAUGUGCUGACCAACUGGCAAGUGUAUUCACUGACAUUUUCAACAUGUCCCUGACUGAGUCUGUAAUACCAACAUGUUUCAAGCAGACCACCAUAGUCCCCGUGCCCAAGGACACUAAGAUAACCUGCCUAAAUGACUACCGACCCGUAGCACUGACGUCUGUAGCCAUGAAGUGCUUUGAAAGGCUGGUCAUGGCUCACAUCAACACCAUUAUCCCAGAAACCCUAGACCCACUCCAAUUUGCAUACCGCCCCAACAGAUCCACAGAUGAUGCAAUCUCUAUUGCACUCCACACUGCCCUUUCCCACCUGGACAAGAGGAACACCUACGUGAGAAUGCUAUUCAUUGACUACAGCUCAGCGUUCAACACUAUAGUGCCCUCAAAGCUCAUCACUAAGCUAAGGAUCCUGGGACUAAACACCUCCCUCUGCAACUGAAUCCUGGAGUUCCUGACGGGCCGCCCCCAGGUGGUAAGGGUAGGUAACAACACAUCUACCACGCUGAUCCUCAACACGGGGGCCCCUCAGGGGUGUGUGCUCAGUCCCCUCCUGUACUCCCUGUUCACCCAUGACUGCAUGGCCAGGCACGACUCCAACACCAUCAUUAAGAUUGCUGAUGACACAACAGUGGUAGGCCUGAUCACCGACAACGAUGAGACAGCCUAUAGGGAGGAGGUCAGAGACCUGGCCGUGUGCUGCCAGGAUAACAACCUCUCCCUCAAUGUGACCAAGACAAAGGAGAUGAUUGUGGACUACAGGAAAAAAAAGAGGACUGAGCACGCCCCCAUUCUCAUCGACGGGGCUGUAGUGGAACAGGUUGAGAGCUUCAAGUUCCUUGGUGGCCACAUCACCAACGAACUAUCAUGGUCCAAACACACCAAGACAGUCGUGAAGAGGGCACGACAAAACCUAUUCCCCCUCAGGAGACUGAAAAGAUUUGGCAUGGGUCCUCAGAUCCUCAAAAAGUUAUACAGCUGCACCAUCAAGAGCAUCCUUUCUGGUUGCAUCACCGCCUGGUAUGGCAACUGCUCGGCCUCCGACCGCAAGGCACUACAGAGGGUAGUGCGUACGGCCCAGUACAUCACUGGGGUCAAGCUUCCUGCCAUCCAGGACCUCUAUACCAGGCGGUGUCAGAGGAAGACCCUCAAAAUUGUCAAAGACUCCAGCCACCCUAGUCAUAGUCUGUUCUCUCUGCUACCGCACGGCAAGCGGUACCGGAGCGCCAAGUCUAGGUCCAAAAGGCUUCUCAACAGCUUCUACCCCCAAGCCAUAAGACUCCUGAACAGCUAAUCAUGGCUACCCAGACUAUUUGCACUGCCCCCCCCCCCCCCACCCCCACCCCAUCUUUUUACGCUGCUGCUACUCUGUUAAUUAUUUAUGCAUAGUCACUUUAACUCUACCCACAUGUACAUAUUACCUCAACUACCUCAACUAGCCGGUGCCCCCGCACAUUGCCUCUGCACCGGUACCCCCCUGUAUAUAGCCUCCCUACUGUUAUUUUAUUUUACUUCUCAACACUUUUUUGUUGUUGUUUUAUUUAAAAAUAAAUGCAUUGUUGGUUAAGGGCUAUAAGUAAGCAUUUCACGGUAACCUGUUGUAUUCGGCGCAUGUGGCAAAUAAAAUUUGAUUUGAUUUGAUGUCUUGAGAUGUUGCUUCAAUAUAUCCACAUAACUUUCCUUCCUCAUGAUGCCAUCUAUUUUGUGAAGUGCACCAGUCCCUCCUGCAGCAAAGCACCCCCACAGCAUGAUGCUGCCACCCCCGUGCUUCACGGUUGGGAUGGUGUUCUUCGGCUUGAAAGCCAUCCCCUUUUUCCUCCAAACAUAACAAUGGUCGUUAUAGCCAAACAUUUCUAUUUUUGUUUCAUCAGACCAGGGGACAUUUCUCCAAAAAGUACGAUCUUUGUCCCCAUGUGCAGUUGCAAACCGUAGUCCGUUUUUUUAUGGCGGUUUUGGAGCAGUGGCUUCUUCCUUGCUGAGCGGCCUUUCAGGUUAUGUUGAUAUAGGACUCGUUUUACUGUGGAUAUAGAUACCUUUGUACCUGUUUUCUCCAGCAUCUUCACAAGGUCCUUUGCUGUUGUUCUGGGAUUGAUUUGCACUUUUCGCACCAAAGUACGUUAAUCUCUAGGAGACAGAACGCGUCUCCUUCCUGAGCGGUAUGACGGCUGCGUGGUCCCAUGGUAUUUAUACUUGCGUACUAUUGUUUGUACAGAUGAACGUGGUACCUUCAGGUGUUUGGAAAUUUCUCCCAAGGAUGAACCAGACUUGUGGAGGUCUACAAUUUUUUUUCUGAGGUCUUGGCUGAUUUCUUUUGAUUUUCCCAUGAUGUCAAGCAAAGAUGCACUGAGUUUGAAGGUAGGCCUUGAAAUACAUCCACAGUUACACCUCCAAUUGACUCAAAUUAUGCUGUCACGAUCGUCGACAGAUGAAGCGGACCAAGGCGCAGCGUGAUAAGCGUACAUUCUUUAAUUAGUACACACACGAACCAAAACAAUAAACCAAACGAUACGUGAAGUCCUAGGUUAUACACAAAACCCUACGGAACAAGAUCCCACAACCUAACCUGCCAAAAGGCUGCCUAAGUAUGGUCCCCAAUCAGAGACAACGAGCUACAGCCGUCUCUGAUUGGGAACCACCCUGGCCAAACAUAGAUAUAAACGAUCUAGAACAAAAACCAAUGAAAACUAAACAUAGAAAAUCCACACCCUGGCUCAACAAUUAAGAGUCCCCAGAGCCAGGGCGUGACAGAUGCAAAUGAUCAGAAGCUUCUAAAGCCAUGACAUCAUUUUCUGGAAUUUUCCAAGCUGUUUAAAGGGACAGUCAACUUAGUGUAUGUAAACUUCUGACCCACUGGAAUUGUGAUACAGUGAAUUAUAAGUGAAAUCAUCUGUCUGUAAACAAUUGUUGGAAAAAUUACUUGUGUCAUGCACAAAGUAGAUGUCCUAACCAACUUGCGAAAACAAAAGUUUGUUAACAAGAAAUUUGUGGAGUGGUUGAAAAAUGAGUUUUAAUGACUCCAACCUAAGUGUAUGUAAACUUCCGACUUCAACUGUAUAUCGGCCUCUUGAGGUCGGAUAAUCGAAAUGUGAUUUUUUUUAACAUAAAUGCCAUAUGAUUAUUUUGUAUACAUUUUAUUUCCACAUUAAAACAGGUUUCUUAGUCAGUAUAAAUGUGGUAUUUGUUAUACUCUUUGUGAUUCCUUUCAGAGCAGUUGCUGCAGGAGUUCUUUGAGUUCUACAGAACCUUCGCAUUCAACCACAUGUCCAUAAACAUCAGAAAGGUAACAGGCACACACAGUCCAUUCUGUUUUUAAAAGUUAUUUUAUGUUCAUUGAAAGCUUUAAACAGAAAUAGCCUUCCUUCUUCCUUCUCUGGAACCCUUUCAGCUGUAAGCUGUAAAGUAACAAUCCUUUCAGAAGUGAUUCCAGCAGCACUUUCACCCCUGUGCCUAAUUGCCAUUGUUUCAUGGUAGUAGUUUAUAAUUGGCCAGAAAAUGGCUGCAGAAACUAUCAGAACCAGAUUGGAGAGUUAGCUAACGGCGUUCGAGCUCUUUCAUUGCCUAGCUCUCCCUAGUCGCAGGGCUGAGAGCCAAGAGGGGAAGCUGUUGGUAAUAAAGUGUGUGUUUGGUGGAUCAAACACACACACACCAGCAUCGCACUGAUGUCUCUCCGUGCCAGCUAAGACUACAGCUGUCAGAGGACUGUGUGAUUGAUAGCUGCUCCUCCUCUCUACCCAUCUCUAAUGAACCCAAUCAGCAGUUCAUCACACUCAGUAAGAAAACACAAUCAACAUGUUUAUUCAAUCUUAGACAUGUAUUAAUUUAGGUACAGUUCACCCAGUUUGUUUUUCAUUUAAUUCCUUUGCUGGCCAAGUUUGUCCCAAAUGGCACCCUAUUGUCUCUAUAGUAGGGAUGUGCAACUUUCCCUUUCAAGACGAUUCAAUACGUAUCUAGAUACAUGGGCUCCGAUAUGAUACAGGAACGAUACGUUUUAGUUUGAAACGAUUCUGUGCGAUUCGGUUUGAUUAGAGAACGAAUCGAUACGAUAUGAUUCGAUGCACUAACAUUUGUCGCAUAAACACAUUCAUUUAACAUUCUAAAUAAAAAUCUGCUGCUGAUGGAGCUCAUGAGCUGAGCCUCUGAGCUGACUUCUGUGUGUGUGUGUGUGUGUGUGUGUGUGUGUGUGUGUGGCUGUGUGUAAAUGAUGUAUGUCUAUGGUGUAUACUAUGUAGGCACCUGAUCUGAGUCAUAGGGGAGACUAGGCAUCUACCACCCCACUAUCAGAUUAGGGAGGACAAUGUAGCCUUGUUUUUCGUCCCACCACUUUGGUUCUGAAAUUACCAUCACCCACUAAUUAACCUGUACAUUUUGCAGAUUAAGUGUUUGAGAUAGUAAUGUAUCAGUAUUCAUUGUUUACAAAUUAGCUAUGACAUAGCCAAUGAAUAUAUAGAACAAUUUCAUCUCAAAAUCGAAUGGUUUUGACCAUUUAGAAAGAUUUUGGUAAGUUUAUUUUCUCCUCACGCUUUAGCCGUGCAGUUUUGGUUACAGAUGCCUUAAAAAAAAAGUGUUAAACAAAUCAAAAUAUAUUUUAUAUUUGAGAUUCUUCAAAUAACCACCCUUUGCCUUGAUGACAUCUUUGCACACUCUUGGCAUUCUCUCAACCAGCUUCAUGGGGUAGUCACCUGGAAUGCAUUUCAGUUAACAGGUGUGCCUUGUUAAAAGUUAAUUUGUGGAAUUUCUUUCCUUCUUAAUGCGUUUGAGCUAAUCAGUUGUGUUGUGACAAGGUAGGGGGGUAUAUAAAAUAUAGCCCUAUUUGGUAAAAGACCAAGUCCAUAUUAUGGCAAGAACAGCUCAAAUAAGCAAAGAGAAACGACAGUCCAUCAUUACUUUAAGACAUGAAGGUCAGUCAAUCCGGAAAAUUUCAAGAACUUUGAACGUUUCUUCAAGUGCAGUCGCAAAAACCAUCAAGCGCUAUGAUGAAACUGGCUUUCAUGAGGACCGCCACAGGAAUGGAAGACCCAGAGUUACCUCUGCUGCAGAGGAUAAGUUCAUUAGAGUUACCAGCCUCAGAAAUUGCAGCCCAAAUAAAUGUUUCACAGAGUUCAAGUAACAGACACAUCUCAAAAUCAACUGUUAAGAGGAGACUGUGUGAAUCAGGCCUUCAUGGUCGAUUGUUGCAAAGAAACCACUACUAAACGACACCAAUAAGAAGAAGACACUUGCUUGGGCCAAGAAACAUGACCAAUGGACAUUAGACCAGUGGAAAUGUGUCCUUCUUGGUGGCAAGAAAUUUGUAUAAUAAUUUAAAUUGAAAACCUCCAAGUGUUGAAUCAAGUGUUGUUUUUUUGUACCAGUUCAUAAACCAUGUGCCAUGGAAUCGGUACAUUGAAAAUGUCUUCCCAUUUAUCAAAAUUUUUGUCCUCAAACAGUGGCGGCUCCUGAAAAAAUUCUCAGGAGGGGCAAUUUUUCUGAUGAUUUAGGUGACCUACACACAUUUAAAAAAAAGAUAUGUCCAGCAACAACAUGAAGACAGGGGCAGCAUAUAAGUCAAUACCAGAAGCAUUUAUUGACUGACCUCAAAAGUGUUGGCUUACCAGGGUUGGUGGAGCCCUCAGUUUCAUCUUUGCCUCGCAAAGCUAACUCAAACACUCCGCAAAACUUCACACACUGGAUUAGCCGGCUGAGGAUGUGGCGGUUCUUGCUAAUGUCGUAGUAAAUAUAUUUGUUAUAGUGAAUAUGGAAUAUGAUAUGUUGAGUAAAAUGUUGUGCUAAGAUCUAUUUAGGUCAGGAGCUGGUUAUAAGUUCUGUUCCUAUCCAAUAACAAUGGACAAAAGGGUCCUAUCUUGUCAGCCUUGUCAGCAGGUGGCCAAGGACAACACCCACGCCAUAGGCCUCUCAGUUCUUCCAACUCACGAGUUCUUGCUCUGAGGACACACACACACACAAACACACACACACACACAUCAUCACUGUUAAACACACACACACACACACACACAUCAUCACUGUUAAACACACACACACACACACACAAAAAUCCCCUCUCUUAGGCUGAACAUUUGAAGACAGAGAACCCGACUCAGAGCCAAUGCAACAGUGACAGUAGCCUGGAGGUGACCUCGCCCAACUCAUCAGGACCAAUCAGAAGAUCAGAACUACUAGAUUGAACCUACUUCAUUUAUUGCAUAAAAUGUCUGCACACAAUGUUUCGGGGCUCUCUUCAGAUAAUAAUAAUAAUAAUAAUAAUAAUAUGCCAUUUAGCAGACGCUUUUAUCCAAAGCGACUUACAGUCAUGCGUGCAUACAUUUUUGUGUAUGGGUGGUCCCGGGGAUCGAACCCACUACCUUGGCGUUACAAGCACCAUGCUCUACCAGCUGAGCUACAGAAAGUGGAUACUCAUGGAUGCGCAUUGCAAUUGUAAAAUGUCAACACAAUUGGAGACACCACGUCAUUUUUGGAGACAUGUUAUUGACAGUAAACUAUUGUAGAUGCGACUGCUAACUAAAUAAAACAUUUUAGCUGGCUAGCUAAUCAUCUUAGCUAAAUGUGGGGCAAACAAUUCAGUUAUUUACCGUUAAUUUGAGGGAUUGGGGUGAAAGAAAUCGAGUUACAUAGUGAUACUUUACGAUAUACUGUAUUGACAAUAUCGCAAUAUUUUAGCGCUAGUUGGCUGUACCUGCACCAAAACACCAUUAUUGUUCCUUCAUAGCUUGUUCUCAAUCUUUUCACAUUGGGAGCCAAUUAGUUUUCAGCACUUUUAUUUCCAUGACUGAUCAAAACUCGUUGGCUUUCUGAUCCCUCUGCAACAGACAUAUGGUGCGCAAUAAAAUCACAGUAUCGAAUCGCAAUACGUAUAGAAUCAUGAGACUCGCAAUGCUGAUGCAUAUAUCUUAUCGUGAGGUUCCUGGCAAUUCCCAGGCCAAGUUCAUUUGCCACAACAAAUCUCUUCGCUAGCAAACGCGAUGUCUUCUCCAAAACGACAAUGUGUCUCCAGCAAUGUUUACUUUUUUGACGUUCUAUGGCAUCUCCACUUUCCAAGCAUAUAUGACCACAUGUAAUAUUUUGGUAAGUGAUGCAAAUAGUGAACUAUGUAGGGCCAGGAUGUAAAAUAUAUGUAGCUGCAGCAAUUUCUCUUAUCUGAUAUGGUAAGUAAUGGGGCUUAAUUUAUAGCUCCCUAAGAGUUUGACGAACGGGUCCGUGAACGCGAUUCCAGAUAUAUUUACCUCUGAAUAAACUGCCUUUAUUACACCAUAUCCACAUCCAGUAAACUUGUGAUUAUCAACACUAACCUCAUCGUUGUGGCGGCGGACAGCUAGCCUGUAUCCCUCGUCAUCCAGUUGAGUGAGUGGCAAUGUCUUUUUUAGUUCGUACCAAUUUUUGGAAAAUCCUCGGGUGUAGGACUUUCCGCCUUUAGUAGAAACCUGUUGAAUUAUUAAAUUUGGUCUGGGAGGUCCUAAUUGUUUCGUUGCCAAUUUAUCUUAACUUGUUCGCCGACAAAAAGGAACUUCUUUCAAAGACACAAUCGAGUUGGACUGAAGCCUAGCCAUUUUGAUAGUAGUAGUGAAUUGAUUGAGGCUGCUACCUGGUCUUUUCUUAGUUACGUUCAUUCGUGGUUACGUUAUGUAUGACGAAAGCGCGUAAGUGCAAGCCCACAGACACCCAUAGAGAAUGUAUUGAAAGCUUUGAAAUGUGAAAAAAAUAGAUUUUACAUGACAGGCUAUGAGAGACUUCUGGGCGAUUUUCAACCUGACUGAAAUCGCCCAAAAAACGGGCGGGGCCAUUUGAAGCACGACUUUAGCCUGAUUUGACAUUUAGUGGCUGUCAGAUCAGACGUGAACACUGAUAACUGCUGUUGCCGUGAUAUAAUUUUUUAUAAAUUUAUAAAAAAAAAUUAUAUAUAUAUAUAUAUUUUUUUUUUUAAAUAAUUGAUUAGAAAAAAAAUCCCUUCCUUUUCCCGUUUGGCAGUGCGUCGCCCAUAUCGCCCUAUUGAACAAGCCGUCCCUGUCCUCAAAUGAAACUGGUAUAUUUGUCUAUUUAUGCCAAUUCCUUUCAGCCAAUUUGUAUCUUUAAUAUAUGGCAGGCAAACAAGUUCCGUACCGUCUCCCUUUUCCACUUGCCUCCUCCAUUUUUUUUUGUAAUGCUGCAAUCAGUUGGUUGUAAGUUUGGAUUGAGCAGACAUUCCCAUAUAUUUUCGAUAGCUGCAUAUGUGACGUAACUCCACCGUUUCUAUUCAUAAUAUCAUUAAUCAAUAUAAUACCAAUUUUAAACAUUUUCUCCAUAAAGAAUGUUUUUCUUUUAUUAAUCAGUAUAUUUUAGUUUAACCAUAACAUUUGUUGUAAUAUUUGUUCUAUCUUUUCUGGAGGAUAAAACUGAAAUUGUAACCAGCUUUGUAUGGCUUGUUUAAGAAAGGGCGAUACUUUAAACAACAUUUCAUUUUCAAUUAGUCGGAAAUGAGAAGUUGUAGUCUGUAUAAAGGCAAAAAGGCAAUUUUGGAACAAAGGAUGAGCCUUUCUUAAUAAUCUACUGGAGAACCAUUUUGAGUUUAAGUAUAACUUAUGUAUGAAUGAAGCUUUUAGUGAGAGGUUUAAAGCUUUAAUAUUUAAUAAUUUUAGCCCCCCAAACUCAUAUUCAUUAUAUAAAUAGGCACGUUUAAUUUUGUCUGGCUUAGCAUUCCAAAUAAAAUGAAAUAUUUUUUGCUCAUAUGAUUUAAAAAACGAGUUGUCUGGAGUAGGCAGCACCAUUAGUAAGUAAGUAAGUAAACUGAUAGGACCAAAGAGUUAAUAAAUGUGAUUUUUACAUAAAUAGACAAGUAUUUACCUCUCCAUGGUUGCAGAAUCGUAUCUAUUUUGCAAACUUUCUAUUGAAAUUGAUUGUGGUAAGUUAAUUUAUAUUUUCUGAGAUGUGAAUACCAAGUAUGACUACUUCACCAUCCACUCAUUUUAUUGGUAAAUUACAAGGUAGUGUAAACACUGUCUUUUAACGAUCCAAUACUUAAUAUGGUACGCUUGUCAUAAUUAGGUUUUAGUCCAGAGAGGCUAAAAAAGUGAUCAAGAUCUUCAAUGAGACUGAGCAGGGAUCCAGAUUGCAGACUUAAGAAAAAACGUGCAUUAUCGGCAUACAUUGACACUUUUGUUUUUAUCCCCUGGAUUUCUAACCCCUUGAUGUUCUUGUUGGAUCUAAUUUUAAUAGCUAGCAUUUCAAUGGCCAUAAUAAAUAGAUAUGGAGACAAUGGACAGCCUUGUUUUACUCCUCUUAAAACCUCAAUACUUUCUGAGAAGUAACCAUUAUUUACUAUUUUACAUCUGGGGUUGCUGUACAUAACUUUAACCCGUUGUAUAAGAGAUUCACCGAAAUUAAAGUAAUCCAGGCAUUUAUAUAUAACUUCUAGUCGUACUUUAUCAAACGCCUUUUCAAAAUCUGCUAUGAUGACCAGGCCUGGUAUCUUAGAUGUUUCAUAAUGUUCAAUUGUUUCAAGUAAUUGUUGUAUAUUAUCUUCAAUAUAUCGUCCAUGUAGAAAACCUGUCUGAUCAGGAUGAACAAUAUCUGGUAAAACCUUUUUUAUUCUAUGUGCUAUGCAUUUUGCCAGGAUUUUCGCAUCACAACAUUGAAGUGUAAGAGGCCUCCAGUUUUUUAAAUGGACUGGAUCUUUAUACUUACCACCUGGGUCCUGUUUUAGUAGUAAUGAAAUCAGACCUUCUUGUUGAGUACCUGAAAGUCUGCCAUUUUUAUAGGAGUAAUUAAAACAUGCUAAUAAUGGAUCUUUGUGUACAUCAAAAAAGGUCUGAUACACCUCUACUGGUAUACCAUCAAGCCCUGGUGUUUUUCCAGACUGAAAAUAUUUAAUUGCCUCAAAAAUGUCCUCUUCUGUAAGUUGGCCUUCACACAGGUCUUUCUGUAAAUUUGUUAAUUGUACAUUAUUAUUAUUAUUAGGAAAGAAAUCCUUACAGUUGACAUCAUUCAAUGGAAAUGGAGGAGACUGAAAAGAAAACAUAUGCUUAGAAUAUUUUGCUUCCUCUUUCAAAAUAUAAUUUGGUGAAUCAUGGAUGACUCCAUUUGUAACGGGUUUCUGUAAAUCAUUUUUUGUAGCAUUUAUGUUCAAGAUUCUUUUUGGUGCAUUUUUCACAAUUUUCCAUCCAAUUCGCUUUAUUUUUGUAAUAAAUUACACUUGAUCGUUCUUGAAUGAGUACCUCCAAUUAUUUUUGAUUUUCCUCUAACCUAUUUUGUGCCUCUAUAGUACAGUUACCAUUACCAUCUACCUGCGCUGUUAUUUCCGUUGUCUAAUCUCUUUUGACCUAAACUGCUUUUGUUUUAAUGAUGAGUAUUGUAUUGAAUGGCCUCUAAAAGUACAUUUAAAAGUGUCCCAUACAAUAAGGGGAUCUGUUAUUUAUGUUGUGCAGAAAAAAGUUAAUUAUGAAUUAUUUUGUCUUAGUUAAGAACAAAUUGUCAUCCAAUAGGCUUUGAUUACAUUUCCAAUUACUCUGUAAGAGUUAUAUGGAGGCCAAUUAGAUGGUGGCCCGAUCACAUUUGGUCUCCUAUUUUUACUUUUGAUGCCAGCAAGAACGAGACCAGGAAGUAAUCACAUAGAGUUAAUCAGGCUGUUGAUUGUGGCCCUUGGAAUGUUGUCCCACUUCUCUUCAAUGGCUGUGCAAAGUUUCUGGAUAUUGGCGGGAACUGGAACAUGCUGUCGUACAUGUCGAUCCAGAGCAUCCCAAACAUGCUCAAUUGGUGACAUGUCUGGUGAGUAUGCAAGCCAUGGAAGAACUGGGACAUUUUCAGCUUCCAGGAUUUGUGUACAGAUCCUUGCGACAUGGGGCUGAAACGUGAGGUGAUGGCGGCGGAUGAAUGGGACGACAAUGGGCCUCAGGAUCUUGUCAUGGUAUCUCUGUGCAUUCAAAUUGCCAUCGAUAAAAUGCAAUUGUGUUCGCUGUGCGUAGCUUAUGCCUGCCCAUACCAUAACCCCACCGCCACCAUGGGUUCACAACGUUGACAGCAAACCGCUCGCCCAUAUGACGCCAUACACCCUGUCUGCGAUCUGCCCAGUCAAGUUGAAACCGGGAUUUAUCCGUGAAGAGCACACUUCUCCAUGUGCCAGUGGUCAUUGAAGGUGAGCAUUUGCCCACUGAAGUCUGUUACGACGCUGAACUACAGUCAGGUCAAGACCCUGUUGAGGACGACGAGCACGCAGAUGAGCUUCCCUGAGAAGGUUUCUGACAGUUUGUGCAGAAAUUCUUUGUUUGUGCAAACCCACAGUUUCAUCAGCUGUCCGGGUUGCUGGUCUCAGACGAACCCGCAGGUGAAGAAGUCGGAUUUGGAGGUCCUGGGCUCGGAUGUGGAGGUCCUGGGCUGGCGUGGUUACACGUGGUCUGCAGCUGUGAGGCCGGUUGGACGUACUGCCAAAUACUCUAAAACGACGUUGGAGGUGGCUUAUAGUAGAUAAAGUAAUCUUUCUACCCCCCCCUAAAAAAACAAAAAAACAAUUGUAAAGUGGUUAUCCCACUGGCUAUAGGGUGAAUGCACCAAUUUGUAAGUCGCUCUGGAUAAGAGUGUCUGCUAAAUGACGUAAAUGUAAAUGUAAAUGUAGAUAAAUUAACAUUACAUUCUCUGGCAACAGCUCUAGUGGACAUUCCUGCAGUCAGCAUGCCAAUUGCACGCUCCCUCAAAACUUGAGACAUCUGUGGCAUUGUGUUGUGUGACAAAACUGCACAUUUUAGAGUGGCCUUUUAUUGUCCCCAGCACAAGGUGCACCUGUGUAAUGAUCAUGCUGUUUAAUCAGCUUCUUGAUAUGCCACAUCUGUCAGGUGCAUGGAUUAUCUUGGCAAAGGAGAAAUGCUCACUAACAGGGAUGUAAACAAAUUUGUGCACAACAUUUUAGAGGAAUAAGCUUUUUUGGGGGGGAUCUUUUAUUUCAGCUCAUGAAAUAUGGGACCAACACUUUACAUAUUGAAUUUAUAUUCUUGUUCAGUAUAGAUCAAUGACUGUCAACACAGUUGCAUGCUUUUAGUUAAUAAUGAAGGUGAGGACGCAUCAGUUGUCACAAAGGAUUAGGUAUUUUCGCAAGGUAGAAAGAAGGUAAAAUGAGCAAAACAUGUUAGUUUAUCUGCGAUUCAUAACGUUUGUAUCGAUUUUCUGACCGAUGCAUGCUGCAUUUGGAUCGGUUUGGGGUCCGUGGACCAAUGCAGUCUUAUCUUAAACAUUUGAAUCGGUGACUGAUGUGUAAUCAUUGCAUCCCUUCUAUAUAGUGCACUACUUUUAACCAGGGCCCAUAGAGCUCUGGUCAAAAGUAGUGCACUAUAGGGAAUCUGGUGCCAUUUGGGACGCAGACCUCUUCUUUGUUGUUCUUCAUCUCCUCAUGGCCCCUGAGAGUAGAGAUAUAGUAAAGACAUUAAACCAGGGGGAGUCGUGUGUGUGUGAACCCAGGGUCAGGAUUGAAGUAUUGAAGGACGGCCUGUAGGAAGACUGGUGGCCAUGGCCUCUGCAUAUAGCCUUUCACCAGUAGAGAAACCACCAUUAAUCAUCUUUAAUGUGUACUGUGUCUCUCCUGUCUCCCUCCUCUCCCACUUUCUCUCUCUCUCCUCUCUCGCCCUCUCCUAUUCCCGGUCUCCUGCAUCCUACCAUUUUACAUUACAUUUGCCAUUUUAGUCAUUUAGCAGAUACUCUUAUCCAGAGCGAUGUACAGUUAGUGCAUUCAUCUUAAGAUAGCUAGGUGGGACAACCACGUAUCACAGUAAUAGUAAGUACAUUUGUCCUCAAAGUAGCGAUCAGAAAAGUCAGAGCUGGCCCUUUCCUCCUCUCUUGCCCCCUUACCCUUUCCCUCUCCUGCCCCUCUCUCUCCUCUCCUGCCCCUCUCUCUCCCUCCCUCUCUCCUCUCUACUCCUUUCCAUCUCUCUCUCCUGCCCCUCUCCCUCUGCUCUGACUGAUGGCUUUAUCGUCCAUGGUCAUCCCAUCUCCAUCCCAUGGGGUUAAAGGCUCCACCUCUGUUUCUCCAUCUAUCCAUUCAGCCUUUUUACACCCCCUGCUUAGGGGAUGGGGUAUUGAGGUAUUGCAUGCCAUGCAUGCCCUGGAUUCAAAUAGUUUUUGAUUUAUUCCAAAUACUUUGAGGGGUACGAUUGAGCUGGCCUGGGGUGUUAGAGUUGAGGGGUUUGCACCUUUGGGACUAUUCCAGUGUUUCCAUUGCGUCAGGCAAGGUCAAUCAGGCGCAGCUAAAGCGUUUAAAAGACAACAAAUGCUAUUUGAACCCAGGUGCGUCUGUUGCUUGCAUGGAACCUAGUAGGGCUCUGGAGAUAGAUCUGUAACCUAGGUUUUUAUUGUCUGUGUGACAGUUACAGAAUAGUACAGAGUCAGAAAUGGCACCCUAUUCCAUAUGGUGCACUACUUUUCCAAAGAAGCAAUGGUCUAGCUUAGGAGCCAGUCUGUUUCUGCUCUCUUGCCAUCUCCUUAUGGAAUCAUAAUGUGUAACAAAGAGUUAGCAAGAUGGCAGAAAUAGAUCUUGGACCAGGCUAGUGAUGGUGUGGUAUGAUUGAUGAUUGAACCUGUGUCUAUCCUGCUGGUGCUGCCCCCAGGCCCGUUCCUCAAAGCUAGGCUGACACAACUGUGUCCCAAAUGGCACCUUAUUCCCUACAUACAGUGGGGGAAAAAAGUAUUUAGUCAGCCACCAAUUGUGCAAGUUCUCCCACUUAAAAAUAUGAGAGAGGCCUGUAAUUUUCAUCAUAGGUACACGUCAACUAUGACAGCCAAAUUGAGAAUUUUUUUCUCCAGAAAAUCACAUUGUAGGAUUUUUAAUGAAUUUAUUUGCAAAUUAUGGUGGAAAAUAAGUAUUUGGUCACCUACAAACAAGCAAGAUUUCUGGCUCUCACAGACCUGUAACUUCUUCUUUAAGAGGCUCCUCUGUCCUCCACUUGUUACCUGUAUUAAUGGCACCUGUUUGAACUUGUUAUCAGUAUAAAAGACACCUGUCCACAACCUCAAACAGUCACACUCCAAACUCCACUAUGGCCAAGACCAAAGAGCUGUCAAAGGACACCAGAAACAAAAUUGUAGACCUGCACCAGGCUGGGAAGACUGAAUCUGCAAUAGGUAAGCAGCUUGGUUUGAAGAAAUCAACUGUGGGAGUAAUUAUUAGGAAAUGGAAGACAUACAAGACCACUGAUAAUCUCACUCGAUCUGGGGCUCCACGCAAGAUCUCACCCCAUGGGGUCAAAAUGAUCACAAGAACGGUGAGCAAAAAUCCCAGAACCACACGGGGGGACCUACUGAAUGACCUGCAGAGAGCUGGGAUCAAAGUAACAAAGCCUACCAUCAGUAACACACUACGCCGCCAGGGACUCAACCUGCAGUGCAAGACGUGUCCCCCUGCUUAAGCCAGUACAUGUCCAGGCCCGUCUGAAGUUUGCUAGAGUGCAUUUGGAUGAUCCAGAAGAGGAUUGGGAGAAUGUCAUAUGGUCAGAUGAAACCAAAAUAUAACUUUUUGGUAAAAACUCAACUCGUCGUGUUUGGAGGACAAUGAAUGCUGAGUUGCAUCCAAAGAAUACCAUACCUACUGUGAAGCAUGGGGGUGGAAACAUCAUGCUUUGGGGCUGUUUUUCUGCAAAGGGACCAGGACGACUGAUCCGUGUAAAGGAAAGAACGAAUGGGGCCAUGUAUCGUGAGAUUUUGAGUGAAAACCUCCUUCCAUCAGCAAGGGCAUUGAAGAUGAAACGUGGCUGGGUCUUUCAGCAUGACAAUGAUCCCAAACACACCGCCCGGGCAACGAAGGAGUGGCUUCGUAAGAAGCAUUUCAAGGUCCUGGAGUGGCCUAGCCAGAUCUCAACCCCAUAGAAAAUCUUUGGAGGGAGUUGAAAGUCCGUGUUGCCCAGCGACAGCCCCAAAACAUCACUGCUCUAGAGGAGAUCUGCAUGGAGGAAUGGGCCAAAAUACCAGCAACAGUGUGUGAAAACCUUGUGAAGUCUUACAGAAAACGUUUGACCUGUGUCAUUGCCAACAAAGGGUAUAUAACAAAGUAUUGAGAAACUUUUGUUAUUGACCAAAUACUUAUUUUCCACCAUAAUUUGCAAAUAAAUUCAUAAAAAAUCCUACAAUGUGAUUUUCUGGAUUUUUUUCUUCUCAAUUUGUCUGUCAUAGUUGACGUGUACCUAUGAUGAAAAUUACAGGCCUCUCUCAUCUUUUUAAGUGGGAGAACUUGCACAAUUGGUGGCUGACUAAAUACUUUUUUUCCCCACUGUAUAUAACAUAUUGUAGUAUUGAGAAACUUUUGUUAUUGACCGAAUACUUAUUUUCCACCAUAAUUUGCAAAUAAAUUCAUUAAAAAUCCUACAAUGUGAUUUUCUGGAGAAAAAAAAUCUCAUUUUGUCUGUCAUAGUUGACGUGUACCUAUGAUGAAAAUUACAGGCCUCUCUCAUCUUUUUAAGUGGGAGAACUUGCACAAUUGGUGGCUGACUAAAUACUUUUUUCCCCCACUGUACUACACUACUUUUGACCAGAGCACUAUGGGGCCUGAUCAAAAGUAGUGGACUAUAUAGGGAAUAGAGUGCCAUUUGGGACAGAGCCUGCUAGCCCAUGAAUCAAAUCAAAUCAAAUCAAAUUUUAUUGGCCACAUGCGCCGAAUACAACAGGUGCAGACAUUACAGUGAAAUGCUUACUUACAGCCCUUAACCAACAGUGCAUUUAUUUUUAACAAAAAAAGUAAAAAUAAAACAACAACAGAAAAGGUGUUGAGAAAAAAAAGAGCAGAAGUAAAAUAAAGUAACAGUAGGGAGGCUAUAUAUACAGUGGGGUACCGGUGCAGAGUCAAUGUGCGGGGGCACCGGCUAGUUGAGGUAGUUGAGGUAAUAUGUACAUGUGGGUAGAGUUAAAGUGACUAUGCAUAAAUAAUUAACAGAGUAGCAGCAGCGUAAAAAGGAUGGGGUGGGGGGGCAGUGCAAAUAGUCCGGGUAGCCAUGAUUAGCUGUUCAGGAGUCUUAUGGCUUGGGGGUAGAAGCUGUUUAGAAGGUGGCUGAAGAGGUGAGAUGUACCAGCCAGACCCUUUCUAACUGGGUCCAGGUGGCCUACAUAACAGCAACAACACCUGACCUGACCAGCAUGACCAAUAAGAUAGAUGGACCAUUUAUAAAGCCAGUGUUUUUUUGUGUUUUGUCACCCCUCUCUUCUCACUCUCACCGUCUUUUAAUCUCUUACUUUCUCCCUCACUCUUCUCUCGCUCGCUCUCUCACAGGGCAGAGAGCAGAACAAACCUGAGGUGUCCCCCUUACAUAUUCAGAACCCCUUCGAGCCAGCGCUGAACGUCAGUAAGAACGUUAAUGGAAUGCAGCUGGAGCACUUUGUGGCGUUGUGUCGGGAGAGCGCCUGGAUGCUGCAGCAGCGGGAGUUCAACGUACCGCACAGCAGCGGCAGUAACAGGGCCGGUACCGGGAACAAUGCUCCCUGGGGCCUGGCUGUGCUCCUCAUGCCUUCCAUCUCCCAGGCGGCCAAGGUUAAGGGUCGUAAGAAGAGGAAGAGGGAACCGGCCAGCGAGAGGAUCAAGAGCUUACUGGAGUCUCUAAAGAACAGGGAGGAGGAGACGACGGGCAACGGUAACAACAGCAUGGGGAAGAAGAGCUAGAGAAGAAGAUUCAUUGUGUUUGAGGGGAUCAGUUUGAGACCAGGCGAGAUGCAGAAUCACUAAUCUUGAUCAGUAGUCAUUUGGGAUGCAAAGUGAUUUGUAGAUCACUCGUUCUGUGCAGUCUGCACACGGUCUUGCAGACCAUCACCACUAGAUGGAACUGGUGAGGUCUAAGUCUAUGCAACAUGCAAGCCGAGCCAAGCUGUAAUGAGCUGGCCUGGUUAGGCAUCCACUAUGGUAGCUGGAACUGUCCUGACUAAAAUAUACAAGCUGGCGCAGUACGGUUUGGAUUGGCAUGAUUCUGUGAAAUGGGGUAUAAAUGUUUCUGUGACCAGAUGCUCUUGAUAAGAAAGGACUUAUGUACUCUCCAUGCCGACCGUUGCAAAUAAUGUACGAAAAGAAGAUAUGAACUUAUAGCAUCUGACUAUACAUCUUUUUGUUUGUUUACAUUAUAUCUUAUAUAUAUUUCAGAUUUUUUUAUUUAAUCAGUGUCACAAAAUGGACUUUUAUAACAAAAUGAAAACACUGUGUGGUGGAUAAUGAACAGUCUGACAAUGUUAUUUCUAGAUUCAACUUUUACCGUCAACUGUCCAAAAACAACGAUGCAACCUUCCUAGCUUGUUAGUCAAUCCAUAUUGAAACAGUCCAUACCGUUGCUCAUCAAGUCAGUGGUCUGGAGGAGAGGAGCCAGCAGUGUGGUUAGUCUGUAAAAUAGAUGGAUCUCUUCCCAGCUACUGGUUGAGCUAACGUCAAAUAUUUGGAUAGAGGCACAUUCCAUUUUAAACACAAGUCUUUAGUUUUCUCGGGGGAGACUGAAAGAAAGAGACAGGGCCUUAACUUUGUUUCCAGAAUCUGCUCAUAAUGCUUGAUUGCCAAUUUGGAAGUAGGCAUUUCCAACCCAAACCUUAAUGAUAAGCUCGGCGAACACAAGGUCAAGAUAUUUUAUCAAAACUUCUUGCCACCUAAAUACUCUCUGUGAAUCCUACCACUGAAUAGUUUGCCUUUAGGGAGAAGGAAUGUCUGCCUUUUCCAGUUAUUGUAAGUUUCUGCUCAUUUGCAAUUCUUCAAACCAUAAGGUACUACUAUAGGGCUUUCCGCUCGUGCUUGUAUGUAUGUGUGUUAGUGUGUGUUUGAGGGAGCAAGAAUUUAGCUGUGUUUGAGAGAGUGAGUGAGUGUUUGUGUGUUUGAGAGAGCGACAGAAUAUGCGUGUGUGUGUGAGUGGCGUAGCAGUGAGUGUCCCAGGAGACAGUGGUUCAGGAGCAGGAGUGUGCGGUGGCCCCACAGCUGUUUUUCCACUCUGUGCAGCAUGAGGUCAGGGGGUGAAGGGAUCCAGUUUGAAGAGUUCCUCCUCUGCCACGGGGGCACAGCAGUGGGAAGGAGAGGAGCGCCCGUUGCCGCCUCAAAAAUAUACAUUACACACAGAGUACAGGAUGGCUUUGAAUUUUUCUUCUCUCCCCUUCCCUCCUCUCUGAGUAACUUUAGGUUUAGAGAGAGAUUGUGUGUCAGAGGUUUGUUCAGGAGGGUGCAACUGUACAGAACGCUCCAAAAUAAAUGCAUUUUGUAGAACAGAUCUGAUUCUGUCCUGUACAUAUGGCUAUGGUGUACUAUUAGGAAUGUAUUCAUACAAGGGAACAAUGAUUUAACAUGACAAACUCUACUCUUGUAUUUAUCACUAGUUAUGUACUGUAGGUAUUCAUGUGUUAUACAAUCCUUAUACAAAAUGUAUGCACUCACUAACUGUAAGUCGUCUGGAUAAGAGCGUCUGCAAAAUGACAAAAAUGGUCAGGGUCACAGUAAUGUUAUACCUUCUUUAAAUGGCUACCUAUGUUAUGUAACUGACUGGUUCUUCCGUACCAGAGAUAAGUAUCUAGCCCACCCGAGUGUCUCUGUCUUUGUCCCAAAUGGCAAAGGGAAUAGGGUGCCAUUUGGGACACAACCUCUCUCUUUCUGUGGAGGGGUACUCCUUCUGAAGAGGGUGUAGUGGGUCUAGCACCUCUCCAGGGGUGUGUUUGGCCAACCUGCUUGCGUUGACCCCCAUCCUCAGUGUCUCCGGGCAGCAAACCAUAGGUUCUGAUUUAUGAGCCAACAUGGCGAUAGGUCCGAGAUGGAUUUGAACACUCAGAGGAACUCCGGAGGUUUUAGAGACGAAGGCGCUGUGGACCUCGUCAGACCUGGGUUCAAAUAAAGUUGAACUCUUUCAAGUGCUUUUAGCAUUUGCUUUAGCAUGCCUUUAGAGACAGCUAGGUGGGGGCUUCAGUUUUGAGACUAUUAUUUUGGUUCUAUUGCGCCAGGCAUGCUCAAUCAAGCCCAGCUAGAGUAUUUUGAUUUAUUUAAUAUAGUUGAACCAAGGUCUGAUCAGAGUUUAUGUUGCUGGGGCUUUUCCUUGGCUCCAAGCCUCUCCCCCUUCAGAGCCUGAAAGAAUUUGAAAAGGUGGCUUGAGGGGUUUGAAAAAUGGGAGGGAUUGGAGAAAAAAAAACUAAGGAUAAACAAGAUAUAAAAAUGGUCUUGGCUCGCAGUUGGAUUUGGAAUUCUACUUUUAAAACUAUUUAUCAAACUUUUAACCUCUUUAGGGGGACUUCGAUGCAAUUUAGGGUUUUAAAACCUGGUGUUUAAUAGUGGACCAAGGAAGGCCAUUUUUAUUGUAAUUUAUGAAAUUACUAUUACUUUCUAUUUUGCUACAUGAAAACACAUUCCAGUGCUCUAGUGUGUGUCCCCUAAAUGUCAUCCUAUCCCCAAUAUAGUGCACCAGCACUACCUUUCAAAAGUAGUAGGAUACAUACAGUGAGGGAAAAAAGUAUUUGAUCCCCUGCUGAUUUUGUACGUUUGCCCACUGACAAAGAAAUGAUCAGUCUAUAAUUUUAAUGGUAGGUUUAUUUGAACAGUGAGAGACAGAAUAACAACAAAAAAAUCCAGAAAAACGCAUGUCAAAAAUGUUAUAAAUUGAUUUGCAUUUUAAUGAGGGAAAUAAGUAUUUGACCCCCUCUCAAUCAGAAAGAUUUCUGGCUCCCAGGUGUCUUUUAUACAGGUAACGAGCUGAGAUUAGGAGCACACUCUUAAAGGGAGUGCUCCUAAUCUCAGUUUGUUACCUGUAUAAAAGACACCUGUCCACAGAAGCAAUCAAUCAAUCAGAUUCCAAACUCUCCACCAUGGCCAAGACCAAAGAGCUCUCCAAGGAUGUCAGGGACAAGAUUGUAGACCUACACAAGGCUGGAAUGGGCUACAAGACCAUCGCCAAGCAGCUUGGUGAGAAGGUGACAACAGUUGGUGCGAUUAUUCGCAAAUGGAAGAAACACAAAAGAACUGUCAAUCUCCCUCGGCCUGGGGCUCCAUGCAGGAUCUCACCUCGUGGAGUUGCAAUGAUCAUGAGAACGGUGAGGAAUCAGCCCAGAACUACACGGGAGGAUCUUGUCAAUGAUCUCAAGACAGCUGGGACCAUAGUCACCAAGAAAACAAUUGGUAACACACUACGCCGUGAAGGACUGAAAUCCUGCAGCGCCCGCAAGGUCCCCCUGCUCAAGAAAGCACAUAUACAUGCCCGUCUGAAGUUUGCCAAUGAACCAUAGUCACCAAGAAAACAAUUGGUAACACACUACGCCGUGAAGGACUGAAAUCCUGCAGCGCCCGCAAGGUCCCCCUGCUCAAGAAAGCACAUAUACAUGCCCGUAUGAAGUUUGCCAAUGAACAUCUGAAUGAUUCAGAGGAGAACUGGGUGAAAGUGUUGUGGUCAGAUGAGACCAAAAUGGAGCUCUUUGGCAUCAACUCAACUCACCGUGUUUGGAGGAGGAGGAAUGCUGUCUAUGACCCCAAGAACACCAUCCCCACCGUCAAACAUGGAGGUGGAAACAUUAUGCUUUGGGGGUGUUUUUCUGCUAAGGGGACAGGACAACUUCACCGCAUCAAAGGGCAGAUGGACGGGGCCAUGUACGGUCAAAUCUUGGGUGAGAACCUCAGCCAGGGCAUUGAAAAUGGGUCGUGGAUGGGUAUUCCAGCAUGACAAUGACCCAAAUCACACGGCCAAGGCAACAAAGGGGUGGCUCAAGAAGAAGCACAUUAAGGUCCUGGAGUUUCCUAGCCAGUCUCCAGACCUUAAUCCCAUAGAAAAUCUGUGGAGGGAGCUGAAGGUUCGAGUUGCCAAACAUCAGCCUCGAAACCUUAAUGACUUGGAGAAGAUCUGGAGUGGGCUGAGGUUCGAGUGCCAACAUGCAAGCCAAUCAAUUGAACAUGCUCUAAUCGACUGUUCAUUAAAAUUAUAGACUGAUCAUGUCUUUGUCAGUGGGCAAACGUACAAAGUCAGCAGGGGAUCAAAUACUUUUUUCCCUCACUGUACCUAUAUUUCAAAUCAAAUUGUAUUUGUCACAUAGGUCGAAUACAACAGGUGUAAACCUUACCGUGAAAUGCUUACUUACAAACCCUUAACCAACAAUGCAGCUUAAGAAAUAGAGUUAAGAAAAUAUUUACUAAAUAAACUAAAGUAAAAAAUAAAAUAAAAAGUAACAAUAAAAUAACAACAACGAGGCUAUAUACAGGGGGUGCCGGUACCGGGUCAAUGUGCGGGGAUACAGGUUAGUCGAGGUAAUUUGUACAUGUAGGUAGGGGUAAAGUGACUAUGCAUAGAUAAUAAAAAGCAGCAGUGUAAAAACAAAGGGGGGGGGGGGUUCAAUGUAAAUAGUCUGGGUGGCCAUUUCAUGAAUUGUUCAGCAGUCUUAUGGCUUGGGGGUAGAAGCUGUUAAGGAGCCUUCUGGACCUAGACUUGGCACUCCGGUACCGCUUGCCGUGCGGUAGCAGAGAGAACCAGUCUAUGACUAGGGUGGCUGGAGUCUUUGACAUUUUGAGGGCCUUCCUCUGACACCGGCCUGGUAUAGAGUCCUGAAUGGCAGGGAGCUUUGCCCAGUGAUGUACUGGGCCGUACGCACUACCCUCUGUAGUGCCUUGCGGUCAGAGGCCAAGCAGUUGCCAUACCAGGCGGUGAUGCAACCAGUCAGGAUGCUCUCGAUGGUGCAGCUGUAGAAUUUUUUGAGGAUCUGAGGACCCAUGCCAAAUAUUUUUAGUCUCCUGAGGGGGAAUAGGCUUUGUCGUGCCCUCUUCACGACUGUCUUGGUGUGUUUUGGACCAUGAUAGUUUCGUUGGUGAUGUGGACACCAAGGAACUUGAAGCUCUCAACCUGUUCCACUACAGCCCCGUCGAUGAGAAUGGGGGCGUGCUCAGUCCUCUUUUUUUUCCUGUAGUCCACAUCAUCUCCUUUGUCUUGCUCACAUUGAGGGAGAGGUUGUUGUCUUGGCACCACACUGACAGGUCUCUGACCUCCUCCCUAUAGGCUGUCUCAUCUUUGUCUGUGAUCAGGCCUACCACUGUUGUGUCGUCAGCAAACUUAAUGAUGGUGUUGGAGUCGUGCUUGGCCACGCAGUUGUGGGUGAGAAGGGAGUACAGGAGGGGACUAAGCACGCACUCCUGAGGGUCCCCAGUGUUGAUGAUCAGCGUGGCAGAUGUGUUGUUGCCUACCCUUACCACCUGGGGGCGGCCCGUCAGGAACUCCAGGAUCCAGUUGCAGAGGGAGGUGUUUAGUCCGAGGGUCCUUAGCUUAGUGUUGAGCUUUGUGGGCACUAUGGUGUUGAACGCUGAGCUGUAGUCAAUGAACAGCAUUCUCACAUAAGUGUUCCUUUUGUCCAGGUGGGAAAGGGCAGUGUGGAGUGCGAUUGAGAUUGUGUCAUCUGUGGAUCUGUUGGGGCAGUAUGCGAAUUGGAGUGGGUCUAGGGUUUCUGGGAUGAUGGUGUUGAUGUGAGCCAUGACCAGCCUUUCAAAGCACUUCAUGGCUACCGACGUGAGUGCUACGGGGCGGUAGUCAUUUAGGCAGGUUACCUUCGCUUUCUUGGGCACAGGGACUAUGGUGGUCUGCUUGAAACAUGUAGGUAUUACAGACUCGGUCAGGGAGAGGUUUAAAAUGUCAGUGAAGACACUCCGCGCAUGCUCUGAGUACAUGUCCUGGUAAUCCGUCUGGCACCGCAGACUUGUGAAUGUUGACCUGUUUAAAGGUCUUGCUCACAUUGGCAACGGAGAGCAUGAUCACACAGUCGUCCGGAACAGCUGGUGCUCUCAUGCAUGCUUCAAUGUUGCUUGCCUUGAAGCGAGCAUAAAAGGCAUUUAGCUCAUCUGGUAGGCUCGCGUCACUGGGCAGCUCGCGGCUGGGUUUCCCUUUGUAGUCCGUAAUAGUUUGCAAGCCUUGCCACAUCCAACGAGCGUCGGAGCCGGUGUAGUAGGAUUCAAUAUUAGUCCUGUAUUGACGCUUUGCCUGUUUGAUGGUUGUCUGAGGGCAUAGAGGGAUUUCUUAUAAGCGUCCGGAUUAGUGUCCCGCUCCUUGAAAGCGGCAGCUUUAGCCUUUAGCUUGGUGCGGAUGUUGCCUGUAAUCCAUGGCUUGUGGUUGGGAAAUGUACGUACGGUCACUGUGGGGAUGACGUCAUCGAUUCACUUAUUGAUGAAGCUGGUGACUGAGGUGGUAUACUCCUCAAUGCCAUUGGAUGAAUCACGGAACAUAUUCCAGUCUGUGCUAGCAAAACAGUUCUGUAGCGUAGCAUCCGCGUCAUCUGACCACUUCCGUAUUGAGCGAUCCACUGGUACUUCCUGCUUUAGUUUUUGCUUGUAAGCAGGAAUCAGGAGGAUAUAAUUAUGUUCAGAUUUGCCAAAUGGAGGACGAGGGAGAGCUUUGUAUACGUCUCUGUGUGUGGAGUAAAGGUGGUCUAGAGUUUUUUUUCCUCUGGUUGCACAUGUGACAUGCUGGUAGAAAUGAGGUAAAACGGAUUUAAGUUUGCCUGCAAGUCCCUAGCCACUAUGUGCGCCGCUUCUGGAUGAGCAUUUUCUUGUUUGCUUUUGGCCUUAUACAGCUCGUUGAGUGAGGUCUUUCCAGGGGGCCUUAUCUCUCAGACCACUUUUACAUGCUCUUUUUUGCAAACCACCUGAUCCAUGCUACUAGCACUUACCUCCCCAGGCUCCACACACAGGGUACGUUCCAAAUGGCACCCUAUCCCCAAUAUAGUGCACUACUUUUGACCAUGGCCCAUAGGGCUCUGGUCAAAAGUAGAGCGCUAUAUAAGGAAUAGGGUGCCAUUUAGGACCUGUGCAUAGUGGGGAAAGUCAUCUCCAAUCACUUCCCCUCCCAGUUCCAUGAAUUGUCCUGACAGCAUUGUGAGAGCUUAUAACACCAUGCAGCUUCCGUAGGUUGAGGGACAACUAUCCAAGUCUCCCAGGCAGUGUAUCAGUGUAGUUCCCCCAACCUCACUACAACCAUUCACCCGUCAACAUAAGCAUAGCUGUCUCACUCCCAACACUCUCUCUUUCUCUCCCUCGCUCUCUUUUUCCCUGUUUCUCUAUCUUUCUCUAUGUGCCCCCCCCCCCCUCUCUCUUUCACAUGUGAGGAGUGUAGGUGGAGCAGGAAUGAUCCUGUCGCACGCUCUGGUCCUAUGAGGUUAUCAGUGUGUGUAUCUCUCUCCUCUAGAGUUAUCCCACAGUCACUGUAGUUACAGUGGCACGUCAGGUUCUACUUUCAGUCACUGAAAGCUACCAGGUCUGACAAAAACAAUCUAUCACAGUUUAAAUAACGGAAACCCCCAAAGAAAGCAGAGUAGGGGAAGCCAUUGGCGACUGGACCAAUAAUGUAAGCAGUGUGUAGUGUAAGGGGAUGCCUCAGUCUCACUGUACUGUACCAAGAGAUCCAUUGUUUUAGGUCAGGAUUCAGGGUGCUCUGCUGCCUAAUUGGUGCCUGGCACAGGGUUGGUAAUUCAAUUGAAUGUUGGCACCAUGGUCGUUUGCACAUCCUUUAUAUCCGUUAUAGCAGACCUAGGAUGGAUGAGUGAGAAUGCCCCUCAUUCAGUAGCCUACAGUUCAUGGAUGCAGGCCUCUAUUGAUAGAAUAUCUGUGUGGCUUUAAUUAAUAAAAGGAACUGGAUUGUGGUCCUACACCAUACACAGUUUAAUUGUACCCCCCAACCCCAUCGGAAUGAAGGGGUGAGUCCGUCGCCAGGGUAACACACUCUUCAGAAAACUUGGUUUGCGUCACAAAUGGCACCCUAUUGCCUAUAUAGGCCACUUCUUUUGACCAGGAUCCUGAUCAAAAUUAAUGCACUAUAAAGGGGAUAGGGUGUCAUUUGGGACGCAUCCUCAAUGUCCAUUCCUACCUCCGGUCGUCUCUUUUCCAUGGCUGGGAGGCUGGCCUGGGGAUGGGCUUCUUAUACAAGCUGCUCACUUGAAAAGGAUGAGAUGGCAACGUUUGUACAACGUUGUUACUGUACAUCCUGUCUGGUUAAAUCCAGCAUUGUUUGGGAUGAGGACUGGGACUGGUAGGCUACUGUCCUGCCCAUGUGAAUGCCCUAUUAAGGCCAGCUGUUUGGUCCCCCCUGGUUGGUCUCAAAACAAAGCCCUGUGUGUCCAGUGUGGGCCUUUAUGUGGUUGGCCCUGGACACUGUCAGGAUCCAUGAUGCAUCCAGGGGGGCUGGAGCAGUCUGUCCCUGGGCUGAGGGAGGGUAGAUGGAGACCGAUUUAGUAUGACUCUAUGCCAAAGAGAUUAUCAGCACCCCCACAGUGCCAGAUCUCUCCUCCCUCUCUCAUUAGCAGCCAGAACUAGCCAUAUCAGCUGUGAGAGAGCCUAACUCCUGGCUCCCCAACACACAUACACACCCCAUCUCUACCUCCCAUUGCCCUAAAAAACACCAUGCUUUAAGACCAUCUGACUGCCGCUAUCAGGGGACACAAUUACCACCACACCAAAUAUAGCCUUCCUGGGAUACAUUCAUCCUGUUAAUCUGAUUUCUGUUGUACCAUAUCACUUCAAUUAGCCAAACACAGCCUUUUUCUCUCCACCUCUUUUGACCAGCAGAAUGAGGGCAGUGAGUUAUAGUACUUUAAAUAACAAGGGGCUGUUAGCUAGCUGCUCUGCAAUACCAUGUGGUAGAGUCCAUUGGCGGCACGUGAGUUUCAAGUUUGAGGAAGCUAAUUUUCCCCAUUAAAAUGCACCUUUAUAAUAAGGCAUUCCAUGCAUCAUCGCAUUUGCAGACUUAUGUAAGAUAGGCUACAUUCGUAAUGUGAUGAGUAGAUUGGAUAGUCAUCAUUUAGGCUAAUAAUAUAACUCAAUCACUUUUCGCAAAAAAAUACUGUUUAAUGCAUGGCUGAGCGUGCAUAGCGUAGAGUAGGCAUAGGCUAUAGGCCAGGGUUCCCCAACUGGCGGCCCGCGGGCGAAUUUGGCCUGAGGAUGGUUUUAUUUGGCCCCCCAAGUUUUCUGAGGAAAAAUAUUAAGAAAAUAUAUAUUUUUUAGCAUUUUCAUUGUUGCACAUAAGACUGUAAAAACUCCAGGAAAUCAGCUCCAAGUGAUUUUAAUUUAAGAUAUGUGUUUCCAAGUUUUUCCACGCUUAAUAGAGAGACACAUGAUAGUAUACAAAUAUAAGCAAGGUUUGAAAUGAUUAUGUUUUAGUCAAACAUUAUGUCUGUUUGGGCUUCUAUCGGUCAAUUUGCAGUCUACAAAUUAUUUUGAAUUUUGUUCCGGCCCCCAGACCAUCCGCUCAAGAAAAAAUUGUCCCACGGCUGAAUCUAGUUGAUGAUCCCUGCUAUAUCAGAUACAUUUCUUCUUUCUUUGCACAGGAAAAAUACAUUUCAUGCAAUUCUACUACACACAUUAGCAGAAUGUUUUCUAAUACAGCAAAUUAAAGGACAGCCUACUCUGCUGACACUGACAAACAGAUGAAUAAAAACAGCAUUGUCCAUAGGCCUACGAGAAUGGGAGACACAAAUAGAAUAUGAUGUCCAUCUAAACUGGAGGAGGAAAUUAUUGUCCAAAAACAAAUGUUUAGGUGGCACUGACCCAACAAUGAUAAAGAGUGAAUAUGCACUCCACUGGUGCCAAUAAGAUAGGCUAUAGCCUACUGUUGUUUGCCCAAAUUUGUUGAGAAUUUUGAUAACUAAAACAGAUUAGUCUUUUCAUAGUCUUCUCUUUACAGCAAUAGCCAUUUGUUUCCCAAACUAUGUUUUCCCGCGAUUGUAUUUAGAAAUAUUGCAACAUGCCUGGCUGGUCCUCUCUACUUUUCACUGACAGUCGCAACUCAACAAUCAUCUAUUUGGUAUUUGCCGUGCCUGUGGCACAAAUUCUGCCUUUCCUUCCAAAUGUAGGCAAUGCGAUUUAAAACAAUCCACUUAAUUUUUUUUAUACAAUACCAGUCAAACGUUUGGACACAUUCAAGGGUUUUUCUUUAUUUUUACUAUUUUCUACAUUGUAGAAUAAUAGUGAAGACAUCAAAACUAUGAAAUAACACAUAUGGAAUCAUGUAGUAAGCAAAAAAGUGUUAAACAAAUAUAAAUAUAUUUUAUAUUUGAGAUUCUUCAAAUAGACACACUUUGCCUUGAUGACAGCUUUGCAUACUCUUGGCAUUCUCUCAACCAGCUUCACCUGGAAUGCUUUGCCAACAGUCUUGAACGAGUUCCCACAUAUGCUGAGCACUUAUUGGCUGCUUUUCCUUCACUCUGCGGUCCAACUCAUCCCAAACCAUCUCAAUUGGGUGGAGUUCGGGGGAUUGUGCAGGCCAGGUCAUCAGAUGCAGCACUCCAUUACUCUCCUUCUUGGUAAAAUAGCCCUUACACAGGCUGGAGGUGUGUUGGGUCCUGUUGAAAAACAAAUUAUAGUCCCACUAAGGCCAAACCAGAUGGGAUGGCGUAUCACUGCGGAAUGCUGUGGUAGCCAUGCUGUUUAAGUGUGCCUUGAAUUCUAAAUAAAUCACAGACAGUGUCACCAGCAAAGCACUCCCCACACCAUAACACCUCCUCCUCCAUGCUUUAAAGUGGGAAAUACACAUGCAGAGAUCAUCCAUUCACCCACACGCGUCUCACAAAGACACUGCAAUUGGAACCAAAAAUCUCCAAUUUGGACACCAGACCAAAGGACAAAUUUCCACUGGUCUAACAUCCAUUGCUCGUGUUUCUUGGCCCAAGCAGGUCUCUUCUUCUUAUUGGUGUCCUUUAGUUGUGGUUUCUUUGCAGCAAUUUGACCAUGAAGGCCUGAUUCACACAGUCCCCUCUGAACAGUUGAUGUUGAGAUGUGUCUGUGACUUGAACUCUGUGAAGCAUUUAUUUGGGCUGCAAUUUCUGAGGCUGGUAACUCUAAUGAACUUAUCCUCUGCAGCAGAGGUAACUCUGGGUUUUCCAUUCCUGUGGCGGUCCUCAUGAGAGCCAGUUUCAUCAUGGCGCUUGAUGGUUUUUGCGACUGCACUUACAUUUACAUUUUACAUUUUAGUCAUUUAGCAGACGCUCUUAUCCAGAGCGACUUACAGUUAGUGAGUGCAUACAUUAUUUUUUGAUUUUUUCAUACUGGCCCCCCGUGGGAAUCAAACCCACAACCCUGGCGUUGCAAACACCAUGCUCUACUAACUGAGCUACAUCCCUGCCGGCCAUUCCCUCCCCUACCCUGGACGACGCUGGGCCAAUUGUGCGCCGCCCCAUGGGUCUCCCGGUCGCGGCCGGCUACGACAGAGCCUGGAUGAGCCACUUGAAGACAUUUUCCGUAGUUCUUGAAAUGUUCCGUAUUGACUGACCUUCAUGUCUUAAAUUAAUGAUGGACUGUCAUUUCUCUUUGCAUAUUUGAGCUGUUCUUGCCAUAAUAUGGACUUGGUCUUUUACCAAAUAGGGCUAUCUUCUGUAUUAACCCCCCCCCCCCCCCCCAACCUUGUCACAACACAACUGAUUGGCUCAAACGCAUUAAGAAGGAAAUAAAUUCCACAAAUUAACUUUACAAUACCAGACAGAGCUAUCGUGUUACCUUAAUGAACCCUAUUAGGAAGAGUUCUCUCUGUUGGGCCUCCGGUGGAGCUGCUCUGUGCUCUCCAUCCUUCCCCCAUCCCCUCCCUCCAUCCCUUCAUCUGAGCUGUUCCGUGCUCCAUAUCUCCAUUGGCUGGCUGGGUUGCUGGGCCACAUUACUGUCCGUCUGUCUGACAGCCUAAUGAACUCCACCCUAGAGGAGCGAAAACACAGACGUACACCGUCUUCCUCUAGAGCUCCAGACAAUGAUGGCCUGUUUUAAGGGGCCCUCUAGAUGGGAAGAAGGCCAGUGACGCGGGACAGUCUGCUUCAGGCUGGGGGGCGGUAGACAGGCUAAUUUAAAUGGCAUUAGUGAUGCGGUCCAUAAUCAACAACAGGCUAUGUGUGUAACCGGGGGUUCCUGCGUGCCACGCGACCUUGAGGAUGCUGACCCCAUGACCUGGCUGACCUUGUGACUCUGGGGAAGGUUGGCCAUUAUACCAUGCUUACUCAUUUAACCUUGUCAGGAGAAGUCCUUAUUCUUAUACCUGACAACAACAACAACAUAGCUUUCAACAACAUAACUUAGUAGGGUUUUCUUUCCACAACUUUUCAAAGAAGUAGCCUUAGUUAGUGUUGUACUACUACAGCGUAAUGGGCCUGUCCUUAUACCUAAACAUUUAAGCUCUUGAAGUUCUUACUCUGCCUAAUUCUACUGCAAUUUAUCAUAAUUUGUUGUUUCAAACAUGAUAAAACAGUAUAACCUUUUCCUUUUUAGUUAAUUUCCUUCCAGGUGAUAUGCGUAUGUAUGGUAAGGCAUACAUCCUCAGUGCUGGGUCUGGGUGUGUCUCUUCCUUCCUCAGUGUGUUUAGGUAACAGGAGUGGGUGCCUGAAGACACAGACCAGGCCAGAAGCCUGACUCCAUGGUUAAAUCCCAAAUGGCACCCUAUUCCCUAUUUAGUACACUACUUUUAACCAGGGCCCACAUAGCGCUCUGGUCAAAAGUACUGCACUAUUUAGGUACCGUUGAAGUCGGAAGUUUACAUACACCUUAGCCAAAUACAUUUAAACGCAGUUUUUCACAAUUCCUGACAUUUAAUCCUAGUAAAAAUUCCCUGUCUUAGGUCAGUUAGGAUCACCACUUUAUUUUAAGAAUGUGAAAUGUCAGAAUAAGUAGAGAGAAUGAUUUAUUUCAGCUUUUAUUUAUUUAAUCACAUUCCCAGUGGGUCAGAAGUUUACAUACACUCAAUUAGUAUUUGGUAGCAUUGCCUUUAAAUUGUUUAACUUGGGUCAAACGUUUCAGGUAGCCUUCCACAAGCUUCCCACAAUAAUUUGGGUGAAUUUUGGCCCAUUCCUCCUGACAGAGCUGGUGUAACUGAGUCAGGUUUGUAGGCCUCCUUGCUCGCACACGCUUUUUCAGUUCUGCCCACAACUUUUCUAUAGGAUUGAAGUCAGGGCUUUGUGAUGGCCACUCCAAUACCUUGACUUUGUUGUCCUUAAGACAUUUUGUCACAACUUUGGAAGUAUACUUGGGGUCAUUGUCCAUUUGGAAGACCCAUUUGCGACAAAGCUUUAACUUCCUGACUGAUGUCUUGAGAUGUUGCUUCAAUAUAUCCACAUCAUUUUCCUUCCUCAUGAUGCCAUCUAUUUUGUGAAGUGCACCAGUCCCUCCUUCAGCAAAACACCCCCACAGCAUGAUGCUGCCACCCCCGUGCUUCACGGUUGGGAUGGUGUUCUUCGGCUUGAAAGCCACCCCCUUUUUACGCCAAACAUAACGAUGGUCAUUAUGGCCAAACAGUUCUAUUUUUGUUUCAUCAGACCAGAGGACAUUUCUCCAAACAGUACGAUCUUUGUCCCCAUAUGCAGUUGCAAACCAUAGUCUGGCUUUUUUAUGGCGGUUUUGGAGCAGUGGCUUCUUCCUUGUCGAUAUAGGACUAGUUUUUACUGUGGAUAUAGAUACUUUUGUACAUGUUUCCUCCAGCAUCUUCACAAGGUACUUUGCUGUUGUUCUGGGAUUGAUUUGCACUUUUCGCACCAAACUACGUUCAUUUCUAGGAGACAGAACACGUCUCCUUCCUGAGCGGUAUGACGGCUGUGUGGUCCCAUGGUGUUUAUACUUGCCUACUAUUGUUUGUACAGAUGAAUGUGGUACCUUCAGGCGUUUGGAAAUUGCUCCCAAGGAUGAACCGGACUUGUGGAGGUCUACAAUUUCUUUUCUGAGGUCUUGGUUGAUUUCUUUUGAUUUUCCCAUGAUGUCAAGCAAAGAGGCACUGAGUUUGAAGUUGGCCUUGAAAUACAUCCACAGGUACACCUCCAAUUGACUCAAAUGAUGUCAAUUAGCCUAUCAGAAGCUUCUAAAGCCAUUACAUCAUUUUCUGGAAUUUUCCAAGCUGUUUAAAGGCACAGUCAACUUAGUGUAUGUAAACUUCUGAUCCACUGGAAUUGUGAUACAGUGAAUUAUAAAUGAAAUAAUCUGUCUGUAAACAAUUGUUGGAAAAAUUACUUGUGUCAUGCACAAAGUAGAUGUCCUAACCAUCUUGCCAAAACUAUAGUUUGUUAACAAGACAUUUGUGGAGUGGUUGAAAAAUGACCUAAGUGUAUGUAAACUUCCGACUUCAACUGUAAUAGGAUGCCGUUUCAGAAGCAGCCUGAGUCUCCAUGCCUAAACCUCAGACAGCAGGUUACAAUUCUGGGGCUCAGCCAAUACGGGCAGGUUGAUUUACCCAAUAUUUGGAUGUGGCUAGGUUUAUUUUCCUUUGAUUAAAUAGGCAUUUGGGGCAUUUGGUGCAGUCAGGCUUUAGACUCUAUAAUGCCUUUAUUCUGCUCCUAGACCCUCACAGGGGAGUAGAGAGGUGAGGAGCGGGUGAGGAGGAGGGGGAGGAGGGCGGGAGGAGGAGGAUGGGGUUGAGGAGAAGGGGGUGGUGGAGAAGGUGGAGGAGGAGGUUGAGAAGGAGGUGGAGCAAGGGGUGAGGUUGGUUGAGAAGGAGGUGGGGGAGGAGAAG